UCGACCAACUUCUCCCCUGGUUCCACCACCACCACAUCAGGCCCUGGGUCAACCAGCCAGAGCUCCAGCACCCUGCCUCGUACAGCUGUCCCUAUGAGCCCACGCAACUCCAUGAUGAAGAGACGACAGAAGAACAAAGAACAUAAGAGCUCAUGUAUGAUAACCCCUCAUGAUAACCCCUCAUGAUAACCCCUCAUGAUAACUCCUUGUGUUAACCCCUCAUGAUAACCCCUCGCGAUAACCCCUCGUGAUAACCCCACAUGAUAAUCCCGCAUGAUAACCCCUCGUGAUAACCCCACAUGAUAAUCCCGCAUGAUAACCCCUCGUGUUAACCCCUCGUGAUAACCCCUCGCGAUAACCUCACAUGAUAAUCCUGCAUGAUAACCCCUCAUGAUAAUCCCGCAUGAUAACCCUCAUGAUAAUCCUGCAUGAUAACCCCUCGUGAUAACCCCACGCGAUAACCCCUCGUGAUAACCCCACAUGAUAAUCCCGCGUGAUAACCCCUCGUGAUAAUUCCCGCAUGAUAACCCCUCGUGAUAACCCCUCGUGAUAACCCCCCGUGAUAACUCCUCGUGGUAACCCCUUGUGAUAACCCCUCAUGAUAACCCCCCAUGAUAACUCCUCGUGAUAACCCCCCAUGAUAACCCUUAGUAACCCCUCUUAGUAGCCCCUCAGUAGUCCCGUGUAGCUCAGUUGGUAGAGCGUGGCACUUGCAACGCCAGGGUUGUGCGUUCGAUUACACGGGGGGCCAGUAUGAAAAAUAUAUGCACUCACUAACUGUAAGUCGCUCUGGAUAAGAGUGUCUGCUAAAUGACUAAAAUGUAAAAAUAGCCCUCAUUGUAGCCCCACAUUGUAGCCCCACAUUGUAGCCCCUCAUAACAGCCCCUCAUUGUAGCCCCACAUUGUAGCCCCACAUUGUAGCCCCUCAUAACAGCCCCUCAUUGUAGCCCCUCAUAACAGCCCCUCAUUGUAGCCCCACAUUGUAGCCCCUCAUUGUAGCCCCUCUUAACAGCCCCUCAUUGUAGCCCCUCAUUGUAGCCCCUCUUAACAGCCCCUCAUUGUAGCCCCUCAUUGUAGCCCCUCAUUGUAGCCCCUCAUUGUAGCCCCUCAUUGUAGCCCCUCAUAACAGCCCCUCAUAGUAGCCCCUCAUUGUAGCCCCUCAUUGUAGCCCCUCAUAACAGCCCCACAUUGUAGCCCCUCAUUGUAGCCCCUCAUUGUAGCCCCUCAUAACAGCCCCUCAUUGUAGCCCCUCAUUGUAGCCCCUCAUUGUAGCCCCUCAUAACAGCCCCUCAUUGUAGCCCCUCAUUGUAGCCCCUCAUUGUAGCCCCUCAUAACAGCCCCUCAUAGCAGCCCCUCAUUACAGCCCCUCAUUGUAGCCCCACAUUGUAGCCCCUCAUUGUAGCCCCACAUUGUAGCCCCUCAUAACAGCCCCUCAUUACAGCCCCUCAUUGUAGCCCCUCAUUGUAGCCCCUCAUUGUAGCCCCUCAUAACAGCCCCUCAUUGUAGCCCCUCAUUGUAGCCCCUCAUAACAGCCCCUCAUUGUAGCCCCUCAUUGUAGCCCCUCAUUGUAGCCCCUCAUUGUAGCCCCACAUUGUAGCCCCUCAUUGUAGCCCCUCAUAACAGCCCCUCAUUGUAGCCCCACAUUGUAGCCCCUCAUUGUAGCCCCUCAUAACAGCCCCUCAUUGUAGCCCCUCAUUGUAGCCCCUCAUUGUAGCCCCUCAUAACAGCCCCUCAUAGUAGCCCCCUCCUGGAGAGCUACCAUCCUGCAGGCACCAACUUUAAUCCAAUUCACCUGAUUCUCACCAGGACAUUGAUUGUGGUAGCUAAAUCAGUUACAACGAGGUUGGAGCAAAACCCUGCAUACCAUUUCCAAGAGUAAGGUUGGCAACCCCUUUGUAUAGUGAGUAUACAGUCCUGUCUGAUGUUUCCCUCUCUCUGUCUGUCUCUCUCUCUCUCUCCCCAGCCGUGUCCCUGGCGUCCAGUAGUGUGGGUCCUGGUGGUCAGAUCGUCCACACAGAGAGCAGUGAGAUCAUUCUGAGAGGAGACCCCCUCAAUGGCUUUGGGGUCCAGCUACAGGGGGGAAUCUUUGCUACAGAGACCCUCUCUGCUCCCCCGCUCAUACGCUUCAUAGAGCCAGACAGCUCUGCCGAGAGGUGAGGUGUACAGACAGACAGACAGGCAUUCAGCCACACAAACACUCUCUCACACACACCACACACACACACACACACUGCUGAAACCUGAAGUUUGUGGUUGUAAUGUAGACACAGACAGUGAUCUAGAGAUGGAACAUCAGAUGGGCUCCAGAUAGUGUCACAGACACUGACACUUCAGACAGAUUGGUUUCUGGUGUGCCAUUUUAACAGCUAAUGAAUCAGGCCAACAGACAGAAUGGAGAAACAUAGUAAGGUGUUUUGGCCUUUUGGCCAGACCGUUAUUUCUAAAUUAGAACAGAUUCUCCAUUGACUUGUCUGGUUAAAGAUGGUUAAAGAUGGGUGAAUAAGUGAUGAAUGGCUGCAAAACCAAUUUCCUCUCGGAGAUAAUGCAUGUACAGUGGGGGGGAAAAAAGUAUUUAGUCAGCCACCAAUUGUGCAAGUUCUCCCACUUAAAAAGAUGAGAGAGGCCUGUAAUUUUCAUCAUAGGUACACGUCAACUAUGACAGGCAAAAUGAGAGAAAAAAAUCCAGAAAAUCACAUUGUAGGAUUUUUUAAUGAAUUUAUUUGCAAAUUAUGGUGGAAAAUAAGUAUUUGGUCACCUACAAACAAGCAAGAUUUCUGGCUCUCACAGACCUGUAACUUCUUCUUUAAGAGGCUCCUCUGUCCUCCACUCGUUACCUGUAUUAAUGGCACCUGUUUGAACUUGUUAUCAGUAUAAAAGACACCUGUCCACAACCUCAAACAGUCACACUCCAAACUCCACUAUGGCCAAGACCAAAGAGCUGUCAAAGGACACCAGAAACAAAACUGUAGACCUGCACCAGGCUGGGAAGACUGAAUCUGCAAUAGGUUAGCAGCUUGGUUUGAAGAAAUCAACUGUGGGAGCAAAUACUAGGAAAUGGAAGACAUACAAGACCACUGAUAAUCUCCCUCGAUCUGGGGCUCCACGCAAGAUCUCACCCCGUGGGGUCAAAAUGAUCACAAGAACGGUGAGCAAAAAUCCCAGAACCACGCAGGGGGACCUAGUGAAUGACCUGCAGAGAGCUGGGACCAAAGUAAUAAAGCCUACCAUCAGUAACACACUACGCCGCCAGGGACUCAAAUCCUGCUUAAGCCAGUACAUGUCCAGGCCCGUCUGAAGUUUGCUAGAGUGCAUUUGGAUGAUCCAGAAGAGGAUUGGGAUAAUGUCAUAUGGUCAGAUGAAACCAAAAUAUAACUUUUUGGUAAAAACUCAACUCGUCAUGUUUGGAGGACAAAGAAUGUUGAGUUGCAUCCAAAGAACACCAUACCUACUGUGAAGCAUGGGGGUGGAAACAUCAUGCUUUGGGGCUGUUUUUCUGCAAAGCGACCAGGACGACUGAUCCGUGUAAAGGAAAGAAUGAAUGGGGCCAUGUAUCGUGAGAUUUUGAGUGAAAACCUCCUUCCAUCAGCAAAGGUAAUGAAGAUGAAACGUGGCUGGGUCUUUCAGCAUGACAAUGAUCCCAAACACAACCGCCCGGGCAACGAAGGAGUGGCUUCGUAAGAAGCAUUUCAAGGUCCUGGAGUGGCCUAGCCAGUCUCCAGAUCUCAACCCCAUAGAAAAUCUUUGGAGGGAGUUGAAAGUCCGUGUUGCCCAGCGACAGCCCCAAAACAUCACUGCUCUAGAGGAGAUCUGCAUGGAGGAAUGGGCCAAAAUACCAGCAACAGUGUGUGAAAACCUUGUGAAGACUUACAGAAAACGUUUGACCUGUGUCAUUGCCAACAAAGGGUAUAUAAAAAAGUAUUGAGAAACUUUUGUUAUUGACCAAUACUUAUUUUCCAUUCCACCAUAAUUUGCAAAUAAAUUCAUAAAAAAUCCUACAAUGUGAUUUUCUGGAAAAAUAAAUCUCAUUUUGUCUGUCAUAGUUUGACGUGUACCUAUGAAGAAAAUGACAGGGCCUCUCUCAUCUUUUUAAGUGGGAGAACUUGCACAUUGGUGGCUGACUAAAUACUUUUUUCCCCCCCCCCCUUUUUUUAAAAUUUUUUUUCCAUCUCCUUUUUCCCGAGGUUUUUUUUUUUUGGAAACCCAUAAAAAUAUUACCCCGGGGGGGGAAAAAAGGGGAAAACCCUUUUUUUUUUCCCCCCCAAAAAAAUUUGGGGGGGUUAAAUGGGCCCCCCCCCAAAAAAAAAAAAAAAAGGGGAAAAAAUUUAAAACUUUUAAAAAAACCCCAAAAAAAUAAAAAAAACCCCCCAAAAAAAAAAAAGGGGGAAAAAAAAGGGGGAAAAAAAAAAAAAGGGGGAAAAAAAGGGGGGGAAAAAAGGGAAAAAAAAAAAAAAAAAAAAAAAAAAAAAAAAAAAGGGGGAAAAAAAAAAGGGGGGGGGGGAAAAAAAGGGGGGGGGGGAAAAAAGGGGGGGAAAAAAGGGGGGGGGGGGAAAAAAAAAAAGGGGGGAAAAAGGGGGAAGGAAAAAAAGAAAAAAGGGGGGGGGAAAAAGGGGGGAAAAAAAAAGGGGAAGGGGGGAAAAGGGGGGGAAAAAAAAAAAAAAGGGGGGGAAAAAAAAGGGGGGGUUUUUUUUGGGGAAAAAGGGGGGGGGGGGGGGAAAAAAAAAAAAAGAAAAAAAAAAAAGGGGGGAAAAGGAAAAAAGGGGGAAAGAAAGGGGGAAAAGGGGGGGGGGGAAAACAAAAAAAAGGGGGGGGAAAAAAAAAAAAGGGAAAAAAAGGGGAAAGGGGGGAAAGGGGGGGGGGGAAAAAAAAAAAAGGGGGGGAAAAAGGGGGAAAGGAAAGAAAGAAAAGGAGAGAGAAAAAAAAAAAAAAAAGGGGGGGGGGGGGGGGGAAAAAAGGGGGGGGGGGUUGGGGCCCAAAAAAAAGGGGGGGGAAAAACAAAAAAAAAGGGGAAAAAGGGGGGGAAGGGGGGGAAAGAAAAAAAAGGGGGGAAAGGGGGGGGGAAAAAAAAAAAAAAAAGGGAAAAAGGGGGAGAAGAAAAAAAAAAAGGGGGAAGGGAAAAAAAAAAAAAGGGGGGGGGGGAAAAGGGGGGGGAAAAGAAAAAAGGGGGGAAAAAAAAAAAAAAAACCAAAGGGGGGAAAAAAAAAAAAAGGGGAAAGGGGGGGAAAAAAAAAAGGGGAAAAGGAAAAAAAAGGGGGGAAAAAAAAAAAAAAGAGGGGGGAAAAAGAAAAAAAAGGGGGGUUUUUAAGAGAGAAAAAAAAGGGAGGGGAAGCAAGGGGGGGGAAAAAAAAAAAGGGGGGGGGGGGGGGAAAAAAGAGAAAAAGGGAGGGAAAGAGGGGGGGGGGGGGGGAAAAAAAAAAAAGGGGGGGAAAAGGAGGGGAAAAAGGAGGGGGAAAAGAAAAAAAAAAGGGGGGGGGAAAAGGAAAGGGGGGGGGAAAAAAGAAAAGAGAAAGGGGGGGGGGGGGGUUUCCCGGGGGUUUUCCCCUUUUCCCCCCUUUUUUAAAAACCGGGGGGAAAAAGGGGAAUUUUUCCCAAAAUUUUGGCCCGAAAAAGGGGGUUUAAAAAAAAAUUUGGUUUUUUUGGGGGGGUUUUGGCCCUUUUUUUUUUUUUGGGGGAAACCCCGGGGGGAAAAAUUUUUUUGGGGAAACCCGGGGGGGAAAAUUGGGGUUUUUUAAAGGGGGGGGGGGGGGGUUUGGGGGGGGGGGGGGGGGGGGGGGGUUUUUUAAAGGGGGGUUUUUGGGGGGUUUUAAGGGGGGGUUUUUUUGGGGGGGAAAAAAAGGCCCCCGGGGGCCAUUUUAAAAAUUUUUUUUUUUUUGGGGGGGGGUUUUUGGGUGGGGGGGGGGGGGGGGUUUUUUUUUUGGGGGGGGGGAGGGGGGGUUUUGGGGGGGGGGGGGGGAACCCCCCCCGGGGGGGUUUUUGGGGGGGGGGGGGGGGUUUUUUUUUUUUUGGGGGGUUUUUUUUAAAAAAGGGGGGGUUUUUGGGGGGGGGGGGGGGGGAAAGGGGGGGGGGGGGGGUUGGGGGGUUUUUGGGGGGGGGUUUUUGGGGUGUGUUUGUGUGUGUUUUUUUUUUAAAAUGGGGGGGGGGGGGGGGGGGGGGGGGGGGGGGAAAAAAAAAAAAAUUUUUGGGGGGUUGGGGGGGGGGGGGGGGGGGUUUUGGGGGGGAAAAGGGGGGGGGGGGGGGGGGGGGGGGGGGGGGGGGGGGGGGGGGGGGGAGGGGGGGGGGGGGGGGGGGGGGGGGGUUUUGGGGGGGGGGGGGGGGAAAAAAAAAAAAGGGGGGGGGGGGGGGGGAAAAAAAAAAAAAAAAAAAAAAAAAAAAAUUUAAGAAAAAAAAAAAAAAAAAGGGGGGGGGGGGGUUUGGGGGGGGGUUUUUUUUUUGGGGGGGGUUUUUUUUUUCCUUUUUUUUUUUGGGGGGGUUUUAAAAAAAAAAAAAAAACCCCCCCUUUUCCGGGGGGCCCCCGGGUUUUAAAUUUUUUUUUAAAUUCUUCUUUCCCCCCCUUUUUUUCCCCUUCUUCUUCCCCCCCCCCCUUUUUUUUCCCCGGGGUUUUUUUAAAACCUGCCCCCCUUUUUUGGGGAAAAAACCCCCCCGGGGUUUUUUUAAAAAAAAAAAAUUUUUUUAAAGGUUUUUAAAACCCCUUUUUUUUCCCCUUUUUUUUUAAAAAAAAAAAAAAUUUUUUUUUUUUUUUUAAUUUUUAAAAAAAAAAAAAAUUUAAAAAAAUUAAUUUUUUUUUUUUUUUUAAAAAAAUUUUUUUUUAAUUUAAAAAAGGGGUUUUUUUUCCCCCCUUGUUGCAAAAAAAAAAAUUUUUUUUUUUUCCCCCUUGGGGGGGGGGGGGUUUUUUUUAAAAGGUUAAAAGGGGGGGGGCCCCGGGGGAAAAAAAACCCCCCAAAGGGGCCCCAAAAAGGGGUUUUUGGGGGAAAAAAACCCGGGGGGGGGCCCCCGGGGGGCCCCUUAAAAAAGGGAGGUGGGGGAAAAAAUUUAAAAUUUUAAAAACUUUUUAAAAAAAAAUUUUUUAAAAAAAGGGGGGGGGAAAAAAAAGGGGGGGGGUUUUAAAAAAAAAAAGGGGGGAAAAAGGGGGAAAAAAAAAAUUUAAAUUUUUUUUUUUAAAAAAUAAUUUUUUUUUUUUAAAAAAAAAAAUUUUUUGGGCCCCCAAAAAAAAAAGGGGGGGUUUUUCCCCAAAAAAAAAAUUUUUUUUUAAAAAAAAAAAAUUUUUUAAAAAGGGAAAAAAAAAAAAUUUUUUUUUUUUAAAAAAAAACCCCAAAAACCCCCCUUUUUUUAAAAAAAUUUUAAAAAAAAAGGGAAAAAAUAAAAAAAAAAAGGGGGGGGUUUUUUUAAUUUAAAAAAAAAAAAAAAAAAGGGGGGGGGGGGGGUGGGGUUUUUUUUUGGGGGUUGUGGGGGGGUGUGGUGUGUUGGGGGGGGGGGUUUGUGGGGGUGUGGGUGGGUGGGGUUUUACGCCUGCUGACUCCGAUCUUCUUAUGAAAGUGACUGGUAAAAAUAAAAAAUAAAAUCUCCAAUUUCAGCACUUUGCAGACCCUAUGUUGUCUUUACAGUUCAUAUAUGCCUGCAGUUGUACACCCGAAUUGCUAGCUGCUGUAUGCUGCUGCUGCUGCUGACUGACAGAUUGAUUGAUUGAUUGAUUGAUUGAUUGAUUGUCCUGACAGGUGUGGGCUGCUGCAGGUGGGAGACAGACUCCUGUCCAUCAACGGAAUCCCCACGGAGGACGGAACACUGGAGGAAGCAAAUCAGCUGCUCCGAGACGCGGCUCUGACCAAUAAGGUCUCCCUGGAGAUAGAGUUUGACGUGGCAGGUUGGUCACUGGGGCUUAGGCCUCUCAUUAGGCUAUACGUACAGUACAGUAUGUGAAAGUAAUGAAUUGAUAAAAAGGUUGAAAAGCUAGCUAGACUAACAGUUUCAGGUUUGUCAUCGGGACUCAGUAAGGUGGCCCUAAGGGGCAAAGUAGUGUUUCAAAUAUACAGUAUUAAGUUGAUCCAAUGGUGUGAGUAAUGGUCUAAUGGUAAUCGUUAUAAUGAGCAAGCCUAAUGAUAGCUUAUCAUUAUAGUAAAGCAUUUGCAUGUCUCUGUUGCACACCACUAAUUAGAGUAAUUGCUGCCCUUUCAGACAGCAAACUGAUUAAACAUAUUUUUAAUUGGGAACGAUAGGAUGUAAUACAGCUAAUGAUUUACCUUAUGGAUGAAUCCCAAACGACACCCUAUUCUCUACACAGUGCACUACUUUUGAUCAAAGCCCUAUAGUCCCCAGUCAAAAGUAGUGCACUACAUAGGGAAUAGGGUACCAUUUGGGACACGGAUUAUGCAAUCUACUGUAAAUAACUUGAAUGUUCCUGUAAUACUGUGCCAGUUCUGAUGUGGGCUGUGUGUUGUGGUGUGUGUGUUGUGGUGUGGUGUGGUGUGUGUGGGGGUGGUGUGUGUGGUGUGGUUGUGGUGUGGUGUGUGGUGUGUGUUGUGGUGUGUUGUGGAUGUGUGUGUGGGGAUGUGUGUGGGUGGUGUGUUGUGGUGUGGUGUGUUGUGGUGUGUGUGUGGUGUGUUGUGGUGUGUGUGUGGUGUGUUGUGGUGUGUGUGUGGUGUGUUGUGGUGUGGUGUGGUGUGUUGUGGUGUGUGUGUGGUGUAGAGUCGGUUGUGCCCAGUAGUGGAACGUUCCACGUUAAGCUACCGAAGAAGAGAGGGGUGGAGCUUGGUAUCACCAUCAGUGGUAAGGUUUAGUACACACACACAAAAACACACACACACACAACACACACACACACACAACACACACACACACACACACACACACACACACACUUCCUCUACCAUCAUGUCUAAAUGAUCUAUCCUCCUCAUCGACAGUCAGUCUAAACUAUUUAUCCUGUUUCUCAUGGAAGUGGGUUUAUUUUCAAGAUCACUAGACCACCCAGUGCUACUCCAUGGAGAGGAGUGGGGCUUCCGUCCCAAAUUACACCCUAUUUCCUAUAUAGUGCACUACUUUUGUUCAGGGCCCAUUGCACUCUGUAGGAAACAGGCCCCACUCCUCUCCAUUCUCCCUCUGUCUGCAGAAGACUGACUGCCUUGGGAACAUACCCAGCUCCUACAGCUAUGUUUAUGCACAACAUUUUCUCCCAAGCAGCUAUCUGAAGGGUUGUUGACUUUAUUAAAGGGCGUGAAGUAUAUCUCUACUGAUCUAUUCCCUGGGUGUUCUCCCCUUUAAAUCUUCUCCUCCCUUUUAAAUCUUCUCCUCCCUUUUAAAUCUUCUCCUCCCUUUUAAAUCUUCUCCUGCCCUUUUAAAUCUUCUCCUCCCUUUUAAAUCUUCUCCUGCCCUUUUAAAUCUUCUCCUGCCCUUUUAAAUCUUCUCCUGCCCUUUAAUAUCUCCUCCCAUUUUAAAUUUUCUCCUGCCUUUUUAAAUUUCUCCUGCCCUUUUAAAUCUUCUCCUCCCUUUUAAAUCUUCUCCUGCCCUUUAAAUCUUCUCCUCCCCUUUAAAUCUUCUCCUGCCCUUUAAAUCUUCUCCUGCCCUUUAAAUCUUCUCCUGCCUUUUAAAUCUUCUCCUGCCCUUUAAAUCUUCUCUUCCCCUUUAAAUCUUCUCCUCCCUUUUAAAUCUUCUCCUGCCCUUUAAAUCUUCUCCUCCCCUUUAAAUCUUCUCCUCCCUUUUAAAUCUUCUCCUGCCCUUUAAAUCUUCUCCUGCCCUUUAAAUCUUCUCCUGCCCUUUUAAAUUUCUCCUGCCUUUAAAUCUUCCUCCCCUUAAAUCUUCUCUGCCCUUUAAAUCUUCUCCUGCCCUUUAAAUUUCCUGCCCUUUUAAUCCUCCUGGCCUUUUAAAUCUGCUCCUGCCCUUUAAAUCUUCGCCUACUUUAAAUAUUCUCCUGCAAUCAAACUCCCCUUAAAUCUCCCCCCUUUUAAAUCCUCUGACUUUAAACGUCUCCCCCUUUAAAUCUUCUCCUCCCCUUUAAAUCUCUUGGCCCUUUAAAUCUUCCGCCCUUAAAUUUCUCCCCCCUUUAAAUCUUCUCCUGCCUUGAAAUCUCCCCCCUUAAACUCCUCCCUUUAAAUCUCCUGCCUAAAUCUCUCCUCCCCUUUAAAUCUUCCUCCCUUUAAAUCUUAUCCUGCCCUUUAAAUCUUCUCCUGCCCUUUAAUAGCUUCUCCCCCUUUAAAUCUUCUCUGCCCGUUAAAGUCUUCUUGCCUUUAAAAUUUCCCCCCUUUAAAUCUUUCCUCCCUUUAAAUCUCUCCUGCCGCUUUUAAAUCUUCCACUGACCUUAAAUCUUCUCCUGCCCUUUGAAAUUUCUCCUCCCUUUAAUCUUCCUGCCCUUGAAAUCUUCGCCUGCCGUAAUCUUCUCCUCCCCUUUAAAUCUUCUCCUCCCCUUUAAAUCUUUUCCUCCCCUUUAAAUCUUCUCCUGCCCUUUAAAUCUUCUCCUCCCCUUUAAAUCUUCUCCUCCCCUUUAAAUGUUAUCCUCCCUUUAAAAAGUUAACUAUGUACAGUAGAGCACAGAGGAAGCUCAUGGUUAAAGCGAUAGUUCACCCAAAUUCAAAAAUGGCAAAUAAUCCAAAAGUAUCUAAAAUUGAUUGUGAAGCUCAACAAAGUCACUUAUAGAUGAUUUUAACAAAUCUGCUAACAAUUAUAAUAUCUUUCCCAUUACUUGAAUGGUAUUUGUGCCACAAAUGCUACAUAUUCGCAUGUGGAAACAGUGCCAGGGAAACUAAACCAAAGCAUGAAUUGUUGUCAUACUUUGACCAUAGACUGCUUACAGGGUAAGGAAACCAAUGUGUCAUUUUGUAUAUGAGCUAUCCCUUUAAGUCUGUAUGAGGUUCUGUCUUCAGUAGUGUAAUAUCAGGAGGGUCUCCAUGCCACGUUGUAUAUUUUAGUGUUUUAUCUAGAACAUUACCAACAGCCAACUGCUGAUCUGCCAUUUUGUUCACUUCAAUCUCAAUUAUUUUAUUGACCACAUAUGAGGAUACAUAUAUAUAUAUAUAUAUAUAUAUAUAUAUAUAGAGAGAGAGGAGAGAGAAGGAGAGAGAGAGAGAGAGAGAGAGAGAGAGAGAAAAGAGAGAGAGACGAGAGAGAGAGAGAGAGAGAGAGAGAGAGAGAGAGGAGAGUAUACAAACAUUUCAUAAAACAAUAUGCUCCUGUAAAAUAUGCAUAGAAUAACAAUUAGCUAACCCCUAGAACGAUAAUAAAUGACUCAGAAGAACCAUACGUCAGACGAGACGUACGAUACGCUCCUCCUCUCCAUCGCAUCUAGAAUUCGCCUCUCAACGAUCCUCUCUCUCUCCUCUACCUCUCCUCUCUCUCUUCCUCUCCUCUCUCUCUGCUCCUCUUCUCCUCCUCCACCUCCUCUCUUCUCCUCUCCUCUUCCUCCUCUCUUCUCCUCUCACUCACAGCCAGUAAGAAGUCUGGAGAGCCGUUAAUCAUCUCAGACAUAAAGAAAGGCAGCAUGUCUCACAGGUACAGUAUGGUACAGUAUGAUACAGUAUGGAUGGCUUCAGGCCACAGACACGUACAGAAUUGAUGGCUUUAGGCCACAGACAGGUACAGUUUUGAUGGCUUCAGGCCACAGACAGGCACAGUAUUGAUGGCUUCAGGCCACAGACAGGUACAGUAUUGAUGGCUUCAGGCCACAGACACGUACAGAAUUGAUGGCUUCAGGCCACAGAUUAAUGACUUGGGUUCAAUUGUUUGAGAGAAUGACAGUAACGUAGUCCUCCUACAGAGAGUGACAUUUCCCACAAAAUCACCAAUGAUACAGUUAAAAACCUCUACCUGUUUAUCCAUCUCUCUAUCCCUCUCUCACUCUACCCCCUCUCUCUCUCUCUCUCUCUCUCUCUCUCUCUCUUCUACCCCUCUCUCUCUCUCUCUCUCUCUCUCUCUCUCUCUCUCUCUCUCUCUCACUCUGCCCCUCUACCUGUCUCUCUCUCUCUCUAUCGCUCUCUCUCUCUCUCUACACCCGCCAUCUCAUCCUUCUCUCUCUACAUCCUUUCCUCCUCCUCUCUCUACCUCCUCUUUCCCUUUACCCAGGACUGGUACCCUGGAGCCUGGGGACAAGCUUCUGGCCAUAGACAACAUCCGUCUGGAGACCUGCUCCAUGGAAGACGCCUGUCAGAUCCUAGAACAGGCCGAGGACCUGGUCAAACUCAAGAUCCGCAAGGACGAAGACAACUCUGGUGAGCCCGCUUGGUGCCUGGCUGGGAGGCAGUUAGGAAGGAGUGUAUGACAUGCGCAUAUUAAAUAUGUCGGGCUAAAUAGUAAAAUGCCUGCACGCUAUUGAAUGCCUCCAUGCAAUGUUUCAACCAUAAGGUCAAAUCAAAUCAAAGUUUAUUGGUCUCAUAUACAGUUUAGCAGAUGUUAUAGUGGGUGCAGCUAAAUGCUUAUGUUACUUGCUUCUGACAAUGCAGUAAAAUGUCAAUCAAGUACACAAAUAAUUAUUUUGAUACUGAUCAAUUAAAUUAGCUUAUUGAUUAAUGAAUCAAUGACAAUUGAUUAAUGGCCAUGAUCAUUUCAGAACUAAGGCAGUGAUUAAUUAAACAACAGAAAUAAACACAUCAACAUGAAGGCUACGUUGGUACAUCAUGAAGAUGAUUUACAGUACCAGGCUUCACCACAGGGUGGCAGUAUUGUCUGAAAAUAUCCACAAAAUUGUUCUCCCUGUCUGACACAAUCAGAUGCAACGAUUAUCACCCACCAGUAUUCUAGUGUUUUAGACCCACCAAUAGCUAGCUAUACACAAUGAAUAGUAGUAAUCUAUAGUGUUAUAUAGUUCAUGCUCUACCAAAUAUAAGAUGCAGCUCUAGAAAUGCACCAAUUUGUAAGUCGCUCUGGAUAAGAUAAAUGACUUAAAUGUAAAUGUAGAAAUAGCAGAUAGGUAUAUAUUGUUGCUGUCUGAUAUGAAAGCAUGGGAGUGUUGUCAUGCCUUAGUCAUGCCUUAGUCAUGCCUUAGUCAUGCUGUAGUCAUGCCUUAGUCAUGCCUUAGUCAUGCUGUAGUCAUGCUGUAGUCAUGCUGUAGUCAUGCCUUAGUCAUGCCUUAGUCAUGCUGUAGUCAUGCCUUAGUCAUGCCUUAGUCAUGCCUUAGUCAUGCCUUAGUCAUGCCUUAGUCAUGCUGUAGUCAUGCUAUAGUCAUGCCGUAGUCAUGCCUUAGUCAUGCUGUAGUCAUGCCUUAGUCAUGCUGUAGUCAUGCCUUAGUCAUGCCUUAGUCAUGCCUUAGUCAUGCUGUAGUCAUGCCUUAGUCAUGCCUUAGUCAUGCCUUAGUCAUGCUGUAGUCAUGCCUUAGUCAUGCCUUAGUCAUGCUGUAGUCAUGCCUUAGUCAUGCCUUAGUCAUGCCUUAGUCAUGCUGUAGUCAUGCCUUAGUCAUGCCUUAGUCAUGCUGUAGUCAUGCCUUAGUCAUGCCUAGUCAUGCCUUAGUCAUGCCUUAGUCAUGCUGUAGUCAUGCCGUAGUCAUGCCUUAGUCAUGCCUUAGUCAUGCCUUAGUCAUGCCUUAGUCAUGCCUUAGUCAUGCCUUAGUCAUGCUGUAGUCAUGCCUUAGUCAUGCCUUAGUCAUGCCUUAGUCAUGCUGUAGUCAUGCCUUAGUCAUGCUGUAGUCAUGCCUUAGUCAUGCCUUAGUCAUGCUGUAGUCAUGCCUUAGUCAUGCUGUAGUCAUGCCUUAGUCAUGCCUUAGUCAUGCUGUAGUCAUGCCUUAGUCAUGCCUUAGUCAUGCUGUAGUCAUGCCUUAGUCAUGCUGUAGUCAUGCCUUAGUCAUGCUGUAGUCAUGCCUUAGUCAUGCCUUAGUCAUGCCUUAGUCAUGCCUUAGUCAUGCCUUAGUCAUGCUGUAGUCAUGCCUUAGUCAUGCCUUAGUCAUGCUGUAGUCAUGCCUUAGUCAUGCCUUAGUCAUGCCGUAGUCAUGCUGUAGUCAUGCCUUAGUCAUGCCUUAGUCAUGCCUUAGUCAUGCCUAGUCAUGCCUUAGUCAUGCUGUAGUCAUGCCUUAGUCAUGCCUUAGUCAUGCCUUAGUCAUGCCUUAGUCAUGCCUAGUCAUGCCUUAGUCAUGCUGUAGUCAUGCCUUAGUCAUGCUGUAGUCAUGCCUUAGUCAUGCUGUAGUCAUGCCUUAGUCAUGCUGUAGUCAUGCCUUAGUCAUGCCUUAGUCAUGCCUUAGUCAUGCUGUAGUCAUGCUGUAGUCAUGCCUUAGUCAUGCCUUAGUCAUGCCUUAGUCAUGCCUUAGUCAUGCUGUAGUCAUGCCUUAGUCAUGCCUUAGUCAUGCCUUAGUCAUGCCUUAGUCAUGCCUUAGUCAUGCUGUAGUCAUGCCUUAGUCAUGCCUUAGUCAUGCCUUAGUCAUGCUGUAGUCAUGCCUUAGUCAUGCCGUAGUCAUGCCUUAGUCAUGCCUUAGUCAUGCUGUAAUCAUGCUGUAGUCAUGCCUUAGUCAUGCCUUAGUCAUGCCUUAGUCAUGCCUUAGUCAUGCUGUAGUCAUGCCUUAGUCAUGCCUUAGUCAUGCCUUAGUCAUGCUGUAGUCAUGCCUUAGUCAUGCCUUAGUCAUGCCUUAGUCAUGCCUUAGUCAUGCUGUAGUCAUGCCUUAGUCAUGCUGUAGUCAUGCCUUAGUCAUGCCUUAGUCAUGCCUUAGUCAUGCUGUAGUCAUGCCUUAGUCAUGCCUUAGUCAUGCCUUAGUCAUGCCUUAGUCAUGCUGUAGUCAUGCCUUAGUCAUGCUGUAGUCAUGCCUUGGUCAUGCUGUAGUCAUGCUGUAGUCAUGCUGUAGUCAUGCCUUAGUCAUGCUGUAGUCAUGCCUUAGUCAUGCCUUAGUCAUGCUGUAGUCAUGCUGUAGUCAUGCCUUAGUCAUGCCUUGGUCAUGCCUUAGUCAUGCUGUAGUCAUGCCUUGGUCAUGCUGUAGUCAUGCUGUAGUCAUGCCUUAGUCAUGCUGUAGUCAUGCCUUAGUCAUGCUGUAGUCAUGCUGUAGUCAUGCCUUAGUCAUGCUGUAGUCAUGCCUUAGUCAUGCUGUAGUCAUGCCUUGGUCAUGCUGUAGUCAUGCUGUAGUCAUGCCUUAGUCAUGCCUUAGUCAUGCCUUAGUCAUGCUGUAGUCAUGCCUUAGUCAUGCCUUAGUCAUGCCUUAGUCAUGCCUUAGUCAUGCUGUAGUCAUGCCUUAGUCAUGCCUUAGUCAUGCUGUAGUCAUGCCUUGGUCAUGCUGUAGUCAUGCUGUAGUCAUGCCUUAGUCAUGCUGUAGUCAUGCUGUAGUCAUGCCUUAGUCAUGCCUUAGUCAUGCUGUAGCUGAAGAUCACUCUUAUCUUCCUCUCCUCUGUUUGCCCCCUCCUUACUCCCCAUUGGUGGGAUCUGCAGACAUGUUUCACACAUGACCUACUCUAUAUAUACAAAAGUAUGUGGACACCCCUUCAAAUUAGUGGAUUCGGCUAUUUCAGCCACACCCGUUGCUGACAGGUGUAUUAAAUCGAGGACACAUCCAUGCAAUCUCCAUAGACAAACAUUGGCAGUAGAAUAGCCUUACUGAAGAGCUCAGAGACUUUCAACGUGGCACCGUCAUAGGAUGCCACCUUUCCAACAAGUCAGUUCGUCAAAUUUCUGCCCUGCUAGAGCUGCCCCUGUCAACUGUAAGUGCUGUUACUGUGAAGUGGAAACGUCUAGGAGCAACAACGGCUCAGCCACGAAGUGGUAGGCCACACAAGCUCACAGAACGGGAAGCGUGUAGCGCGUAAAAAUCGUCUGUCCUCGGUUGCAACACUCACUACCGACUUCCAAACUACCUCUGGAAGCAACGUCAGCACAAGAACUGUUCGUCGGGAGCUUCAUGAAAUGGGUUUCCAUGGCCGAGCAGCCGAACACAAGCUUAAGAUCACCAUGCGCAAUGCCAAGCGUCAGCCGGAGUGGUACAAAUGCUCGCCGCCAUUGGACUCUGGAGCAGUGGAAACGCGUUCUCUAGAGUGAUGAAUCACGCUUCACCAUCUGGCAGUCCGACGGACGAAUCUGGGUUUGGUGGAUGCCAGGAGAACGCUACCUGCCCUGAUGCAUAGUGCUAACUGUAAAGUUUGGUGGAGGAGGAAUAAUGGUCUGGGGCUGUUUUUCAUGGUUCGUGCAAGGCCCCUUAGUUCCAGUGAAGGGAAAUCUUAAAGCUACAGCAUACAAUGACAUUCUAGAUUAUUCUGUGCUUCCAACUUUGUGGCAACAGUUUGGGGAAGGCCCUUUCCUGUUUCAGCAUGACAAUGUCCCCAUGCACAAAGCGAGGUCCAUACAGAAAUGGUUGGUUGAGAUCGGUGUGGAAGAACUUGACUGGUCUGCUCAGAGCCCUAACCUCAACCCCAUCGAACACCUUUGGGAUGAAUUGGAUCGCCGACUGUGAGCCAAGCGUAAUCGCCCAACAUCAGUGCCCGACCUCACUAAUGCUCUUGUGGCUGAAUAGAAGCGAGUCCCUGCAGCAAUGUUCCAACAUCUAGUGGAAAGCCUUCCCAGAAGAGUGGAGGCUGUUAUAGCAGCAAAAAGGGGGGGACCAACUCCAUAUUAAUGGACAUGCUUUUGGAAUGACAUGUUCGACGAGCAGGUGUCCACAUACUUUUGGUCAUGAGUGUAUAUCUAAGAAAAAAGCCAUCAAAGUCAUGAGGGAAUUUGCAUUUCCUCUAUGCAUUUCUUAUACUGUACGGAAGGUGAAUAGCCAUCCUUCAGCCAUUAUUCAAGUUGUAUGCCUUUCUACCUGUGAAUUGUGGAUGUUUGAGAUGUUUAGGGAGCUGAAUGAUUAUCUCUAUUGCUUUAAAGUUUAGUUACGCCAUGAAUACAUCCCUUCCUUCCUCCAUAUCUCUUUCUCUCUGUCUCUCUCUGUCUCUCUCUGUCUCUCUCUGUCUCUCUCUGUCUCUCUCUCUCUCUCUCUCUCUCUCUCUCUCUCUCUCUCUGUCUCUCUCUCUUUUUCUAAUGGUCUCCCUCGUCUCUCUUUCUCUCUCUCCCUCUCUCUCUUUCUCUAAUGGUCUCCCCCCCCCUCUCUCUCUCUCUUUCUCUCCCUCUCUCUCCCUCCUCCUAGAUGAACAGGAGACAUCUGGUUCUAUCAUCUAUACGGUAGAGCUGAAGAGAUAUGGAGGCCCGCUGGGCAUCACCAUCUCAGGCACAGAGGAGCCCUUUGACCCCAUCGUCAUCUCUGGCCUCACCAAGCGGGGCCUGGCUGAAAGGUGAGAUAGGGGAUCCUGGACCCUGGCUUUUCCCACAAAGGGCCCCUGACUGUGGGGUUAGAACUGACUCCUUCCCCUCACCACACCAAGGCUAUGGCCUUGUCCAGCUAGGAGAGAGCGAACAUCUCUGGAGAGACCCAAAAUAGCUGUGCAGCGACGCUCCCCAUCCAACCUGACAGAGCUUGAGAGGAUCUGCCGAGAAGAAUGGGAGAAACUCCCCAAAUACAGGUGUGCCAAGCGUGUAGCGUCAUACCCAAGAAGACUAGAGGCUGUAAUCACUGCCAAAGGUGCUUCAACAAAGUACUGAGUAAAGGAACAAAUUAUUUAAUCCAUUUUAGAAAAAGGCGGUAACAUAACAAAAUGUGGAAAAAGGGGAAGGGGUCUGAAUACUUUCCGAAUGCACUGUGUGUGUAUAAUUAUGAGGGGCACUACAGAGUGGGUGGAGCUCCAUUCCUGACAGUCUGAUCAGAUUUAAUAGCAGCCUCAGAGGCUGAUAAGUCAAGAUGCUUCCUUGGUGACCGGUUCAUAGGUAAAGCUCCUUGUAGGCAGGUUAGCAUUCUGUUCCUUAUAGGCUGAUGCAUAUGAUCCAGAGCUACAUUGCCUUCAGUAAGUAUUCACACCCCCUGACCUUUUCCACAUUUUGUUGUGUUACCAAAAAAAUAAAAAUACAUUUGAUGUAAAUGUCAUUUUUUGUUAACGAUCUACACAAAAUACACCGUAAUGUCAAAUUUGAAGAAAAAUUCUAACAUAUUUUUUUUUUUUUUUACAAAUAAUGAAAAAAAUAUAUAUCUUGAUUAGAUAAGUAUUCAACCCCCUGAGUCAAUACAUGUUAGAAUCACCUUUGGCAGCGAUUACAGCUGUGAGUCUUUCUGGGUAAGUCUCUAAGAGCUUUCCACACCUGGAUUGUACAAUAUUUGCACAUUAUUCUUUCAAAAAUUCUUCAAGCUCUGUCAAGUUGGUUGUUGAUCAUUGCUAGAACGCCAUUUUCAAGUGUUGACAUAGAUUUUCAAGCCGAUUUAAGUCAAAACUGUAACAUUCAAUGUUAUCUCGGUAAGCAACUCCAGUGUAUAUUUGGUCUUGUAUUUUAGGUUAUUGUCCUGCUGAAAGGUGAAUUUGUCUCCCAGUGUCUGUUGGAAAGCAGACUGAACCAGGUUUUCCUCUAGGAUUUUGCCUGUGCUUAGGUCUAUUCUGUUUAUUUUUAUCCUAAAAAACUCCCUAGUCGUUGCCGAUGACAAGCAUACCAAUAACAUGAUGCAGCCACCACCAUGCUUGAAAAUAGGAAGAGCGGUACAGAGUGAUGUGUUGUGUUGGAUUUGCCCCAAACAUAACACUUUGUAUUAAGGACAUGAAGUUAAUUUCUUUGCCACAUGUUUUGCUGUUUUAAUUUAGUGCCUUAUUUCAAUCUGUCAAUUAGGUUAGUAUUGUGGAGUAACUACAAUGUUGUUGAUCCAUCCUCAUUUUUCUCCUAUCACAGCCAUUAAACUCUGUAACUGUUUUAAAGUCAAAUCAAAUCAAAUUUUAUUGGUCACAUGCGCCGAAUACAACAGGUGCAGACAUUACAGUGAAAUGCUUACUUACAGCCCUUAACCAACAGUGCAUUUAUUUUUAACAAAAAAAGUAAAAAUAAAACAACAACAAAAAAAGUGUUGAGAAAAAAAAGAGCAGAAGUAAAAUAAAAUAACAGUAGGUAGGCUAUAUAUACAGUAAAAUAAAGUGACAGUAGGGAGGCUAUAUAUACAGGGGGGUACCGGUGCAGAGUCAAUGUGCGGGGGCACCGGCUAGUUGAGGUAGUUGAAGUAAUAUGUACAUGUGGGUAGAGUUAAAGUGACUAUACAUAAAUAAUUAACAGAGUAGCAGCAGCGUAAAAAGGAUGGGGUGGGGGGGCAGUGCAAAUAGUCCGGGUAGCCAUGAUUAGCUGUUCAGGAGUCUUAUGGCUUGGGGGUAGAAGCUGUUGAGAAGUCUUUUGGACCUAGACUUGGCACUCCGGUACCGCUUGCCGUGCGGUAGCAGAGAGAACAGUCUAUGACUAGGGUGGCUGGAGUCUUUGACAAUUUUGAGGGCCUUCCUCUGACACCGCCUGGUAUAGAGGUCCUGGAUGGCAGGAAGCUUGGCCCCAGUGAUGUACUGGGCCGUACGCACUACUCUCUGUAGUGCCUUGCGGUCGGAGGCCAGGCAGUUGCCAUACCAGGCGGUGAUGCAACCAGUCAGGAUGCUCUCGAUGGUGCAGCUGUAGAAUUUUUUGAGGAUCUGAGGACCCAUGCCAAAUCUUUUCAGUCUCCUGAGGGGGAAUAGUCUUUGUCGUGCCCUCUUCACGACUGUCUUGGUGUGUUUGGACCAUGAUAGUUCGUUGGUGAUGUGGACACCAAGGAACUUGAAGCUCUCAACCUGUUCCACUACAGCCCCGUCGAUGAGAAUGGGGGCGUGCUCAGUCCUCUUUUUUUUCCUGUAGUCCACAAUCAUCUCCUUUGUCUUGGUCACGUUGAGGGAGAGGUUGUUGUCCUGGCACCACACGGCCAGGUCUCUGACCUCCUCCCUAUAGGCUGUCUCAUCGUUGUCGGUGAUCAGGCCUACCACUGUUGUGUCGUCGGCAAACUUAAUGAUGGUGUUGGAGUCGUGCCUGGCCAUGCAGUCAUGGGUAAACAGAGAGUACAGGAGGGGACUGAGCACGCACCCCUGAGGGGCCCCCGUGUUGAGGAUCAGUGUGGCAGAUGUGUUGUUACCUACCCUUACCACCUGGGGGCGGCCCGUCAGGAAGUCCAGGAUCCAGUUGCAGAGGGAGGUGUUUAGUCCCAGGAUCCUUAGCUUAGUGAUGAGCUUAGAGGGCACUAUGGUGUUGAAUGCUGAGCUGUAGUCAAUGAAUAGCAUUCUCACAUAGGUGUUCCUCAUGUCCAGGUGGGAAGUCACCGUUGGCCUCAUGGUGAAAUCCCUAAGUAGUUUCCUUUCUCUCCGGCAACUGAGUUAGGAAGGACGCCUGUAUCUUUGUAGUGACUGGGUGUAUUGAUACACCAUCCAAAGUGUAAUGAAUAACUUCACCAUGCUCAAAGGGAUAUUCAAUGUCUGCUUUUUUUCCUAUACCCAUCUACCAAUAGGAGCCCUUCUUUGCGAGGCGUUGAAAAACCUCCCUGUUCUUUGUGGUUGAAAUUCACUGCUCGACUGAGGGACCUUACAGAUAAUUGUAUGUGUGGGGGUACAGAGAUGAGGUAGUCAUUCAAAAAUCAUGUUAAACACUCCAUUUGAACACAGUCCAUGCAACUUAUUAUAUGAAUUGUUAAGCACAUUUGUACUCCUGAACUUAUUUAGGCUUGCCAUAACAAAGGGGUUGAAUACUUAUUGACUCAAGACAUUUCAGCUUUUCAUUUAAAACAUAAUUCCACUUUGACAUUAUGGGGUAUUGUGUGUAGGCCAGUGACAAAAAAAUCUACAUUUAUUCAAUUUUAAAUGCAGGCUGUAACCAAAAUAUGGAAAAAGUCAAGGGGUGUGAAUACAUUCUGAAGGCACCGUAUCAGUUAUGCAAAUUAAAAGCUGAUUUAUGGUCAUUCCGGUAUCUGCAUUGGCCGUACAGCUUCUACUGCGAUGCGGCCUGUGGGGGAGUCAGGGCAUUCAUACUACUGGUGCUUCGCAGAGCAGAGCUGCUGUAAAGGGAAGUUGUCAAUGAAGUGAAUUUGUGUUUAUACAAGACGUACCGCCCGCACCUACCAUAAACCAAUCAUGUCAACGCAGAACGAUACGGAGCCGUCCGCAUUGUUAAAAAAUGUGAGGCGCACAGCACUUAUGAAAAUCGAAUUCAACAAUGCCAAUAAUGUUUUCAAUUCGACUUUUGCUUUCAAAAGCAGCUUAAACAUAGAACAUGUAAGAAUGAACUAUAGCCAUUUAGUUAUACCGUGCGGAUAUAUAGUGAGUUAUAGGGAAAUAAUGCGCGCUCUAGAAUGCCCGUCAAGCCAAUCAGAAACCGGGUGGUUCGAGCCCUGAAUGCUAAUUGGCUGAAAGCCAUAGUAUACCACGGGUAUGGUAAAGAAAAUGACUAUUUACUGUUCUAAUUACAGUACCAGUCAAAAGUUUGGACACAACUACUCAUUCAAGGGUUUUUCUUUAUUUUUACUAUUUUCUACAUUGUAGAAUAAUAGUGAAGACAUCAAAACUAGGAAAUAACACAUGUAGUAACCAAAAGAGUGUUAAAUAAAUUCUUCAAAGUAGCCACCCUUAGCCUUGAUGACAGCUUUGCACACUCUUGGCAUUCUCUCAACCAGCUUCAUGAGGUAGUCACCUGGAAUGCAUUUUAAUUAAGAGGUGUGCCUUCUUAAAAGUUGAUUUGUGUUUGAGCCAAUCAGUUGUGUUGUGACAAGGGUAUACAGAAGAUAGCCCUAUUUGGUAAAAGACCAAGUCCAUAUUAUGGCAAGAACAGCUCAAAUAAGCAAAGAGAAACGACAGUCCAUCAUUACUUUAAGACAUGAAGGUCAGUCAAUACGGAACAUUACAAGUACUUUGAAAGUUUCUUCAAGUGCAGUCGCAAAAACCAUCAAGCGCUGUGAUGAAACUGGCUCUCAUGAGGACUGCCACAGGAAAGGAAGACCCAGAGUCACCUCUGCUGCAGAGGAUAAGUUCAUUAGAGUUAACUGCACCCAAAUAAAUGCUUCACAGAGUUCAAGUUACAGAUACAUCUCAACAUCAACUGUUCAGAGGAGACUGCAAGAAUCAGACUUUCAUGGUCGAAUUUCUGCAAAGAAACCACUACUAAAGGACACCAAUAAGAAGAAGAGACUUGCUUUGGCCAAGAAACACGAGCAAUGGACAUUAGACCGGUGGAAAUCUGUCCUUUGGUCUGAUGAGUCCAAAUGUGCGAUUUUUGGUUCAAACUGCCGGGUCUUUGUGAGAAGGUGCUUUGCUGGUGACAUUGUCAGUGAUUUAUUUAGAAUUCAAGGCACACUUAACCAGCAUGGCUCCCACAGCAUUCUGCAGCGAUACGCCAUCCCAUCUGGUUUGCGCUUAGUGGGACUAUCAUUUGUUUUUCAACAGGACAAUGACCCAACACACCUCCAGGCUGUGUAAAGGCUAUUUGACCAAGAAGGAGAGUGAUGGAGUGUUGCAUCAGAUGACCUGGCCUCCACAAUCACCUGACCUCAACCCAAUUGAGAUGCUUUGGGAUAAGUUGGACCGCAGAGUGAAGGAAAAGCAGCCAACAAGUGCUCAGCAUAUUUGGGAACUCCUUCAAGACUGUUGGAAAAGCAUUCCUCAUGAAGCUGAUUGAGAGAAUGCCAAGAGUGUGCAGAGCUGUCAUCAAGGCAAAGGGUGGCUACUUUGAAGAAUCUAAAAUCUAAAAUAUAUUUUGAUUUGUUUAACACUUUUUUGGUUACUACAUGAUUCCAUAUGUGUUAUUUCAUAGUUUUGAUGUCUUCACUAUUAUUCUACAAUGUACAAAAUAGUACAAAUGAAGAAAAACCCUUGAGUGAGUAGGUGUGUCCCAACUUUUGACUGGUACUGUACAUUGGUAACCAGUUUAUAAUAGCAAUUAGGCACCUCCGGGGGGUUGUGGUAUAUGGCCAAUAUACCACGGCUAAUGCCAGGCAGUCCACAUAGCGUCAUGCGUAAGAACAGCCAUUAGCCGUGGUAAAUUGGCCAUAUACCACACCUCCUCUGGCCUUAUUGCUUAACUAAACCCUGUGUCCUUGUUUUUUUGGUGUAGGCUUUGGUUCAAAUAGUAUUUGAAAUAUAUGUUUUAAAGCUUUGCUUGAUUGAGUUUCUCUGCUGCAAUGGAACUGAUAGAAUAGUCCCAAAAGUGCAAACCUCACCCAUCUUGCGCUCCAGACAGGAUCAAUCAAACACUCAAAGUAUUUGAAAGAAAACAAAUACUUCUUAAACCCAGGUCAGUUUGGUAGGCAUCAACAGAGUGGGGUACUAUCGUAUCUCCUGGUCAGAGAACACAAUGCAGACAGAGGCUUACCAUUGUUUCACCUCUGUUCUUUGAAAUCAAAAUUUGACUUUUUAGUUAACUUAAAGGGGCAAUAUGCAGUUGCUAAAUCCAUUUUUGGACUGUUAAAUUAAUGAUAUAUAGCCAUUGAUUCUUGAAGAAUAUAACUUAUAAAUGCCUUGUGAGCUUAGUUCAAAUUUCGUGCCCCAUCAGAACCCCAAAUAUAAGCUUGUUUUACUCCAAUGUCUAUAAAGAAAGUCAAUGCAAACAAACACUAUCACUUCAAAACAUGUUUAAAUCUAUCAUUUUGAUCUCAUGGAUGGUCAGUCCUUGCAUCCAUUGCUCUGUCUAUUUUAGAGUGGUUAUAUUUCUCAAGCCCCAUCACUCGGAUGUUUACAUUGUUACUGCUGUUAUAUAAAUAAAUAACGUUUUUAAACUUGUUCUCUUUUAGUUAAAGGCUUGUACGUAUGUAAAUCAUUUAUUAAAUGACAUCGUUAGAUAUGUACUGUAUGGUUGGUUGGGUUAAACAGGAAUCAUGGAAAAUCUAAGUCAGCUUAAAAUAAAUAAAUUAAGUAUCUUUCUCUCUCAUCUGUCUCUUAUGUUUAUCUUAGAAUGACCCGUCUUAUUUCUUAGGCACUGGAAUUAUUUUAUAUUUUAUAUAUAUAUUAUAAUUAUCCAUGGAAUACUGUCAUAUUACUGUCAUGUGGUGUAAAAAGGGACCUGUCAUCUUUCUCUGUAGGACCGGAGCGAUCCAUGUUGGAGACCGUAUUCUGGCCAUCAACAUGGUCAGUCUGAAGGGCAAGCCGCUCAGCGAGGCCAUCCACCUACUGCAGAUGGCCGGGGAGACAGUCACACUCAAGAUCAAGAAACAGGUCGACAGUAAGUGUUCAGAAAAUCAAUCAAUCAACUGUGCUUUUACAGUUACCUGGCCUAGACCCCAAAGAGCAAGCAGGACGACUGUAGUAACCACAUCAUUGCUGAUGAAACUACUUUUUACAUUUACAUUUUAGUCAUUUUAGCAGACGCUCUUAUCCAGAGCGACUUACAGUUAGUGAGUGCAUACAUUAUUUAUUUUAUUUUUCAUACUAGCCCCCCGUGGGAAUCGAACACACAACCCUGGCGUUGCAAACGCCAUGCUCUACCAACUGAGCUACAUCCCUGCCGGCCAUUCCCUCCCCUACCCUGGACGAAUUGUGCGCCACCCCAUGGGUCUCCCGGUCGCGGCCGGCUACGACAGAGCCUGGAUUCGAACCAGGAUCUCUAGUGGCACAGCUAGCACUGCGAUGCAGUGCCUUAGACCACUGCGCCACUCGGGAGGUGGUACAGUUGGGGCAGCUGUUGUUUUACCUUGCUGGUACUGUACAUGGUAUCAGACCCUUUUCUCAAGGACAGUUAGUGUUAACACUGGGAGGUAGCUUGCUUCACCAAAUAGCUGUGCCCAACCAUUGCUCUCAGAUGUAUAGUAUUCUAUACACUACCAUUCAAAAGUUUGGGGUCACUUAGAAAUGUCCUUGUUUUCGAUAGAAAAGCAAAAUUAUUUUGUCCAUUAAAAUAACAUCAAAUUGAUCAGAAAUACAGUGUAGACAUUGUUAAUGUUGUAAAUGGCUAUUGUAGCUGGAAACGGCUGGUUUUUUAUGGAAUAUCUACACAGGCGUACAGAGGCCCAUUAUCAGCAACCAUCAGUACUGUGUUCCAAUGGCAUGUUGUGUUUGCUAAUCCAGUUUAUCGUUUUAAAAGGCUAAUUGAUCAUUAGAAAACACUUUUGCAAUUAUGUUAGCACAGCUGAAAACUGUUGUGCUGAUUAAAGAAGCAAUAAAACUGGCCUUCUUGAGAUUAGUUGAGUAUCUGGAGCAUCAGCAAUUGUGGGUUCGAUUGCAGGCUCAAAAUGGCCAGAAACAAAUAAUAACUAACCAGAAUAGAAAGAAGAGUGGGAUGCGCCGGUGCACAACUGAGCAAGAGGACAAAUACAUUAGGGUGUCUAGUUUGAGAAACAGACGCCUCACAGGUCCUCAACUGGCAGCUUCAUUAAAUAGUACCCGCAAAACAUCAGUCUCAAUGUCAACAGUGAAGAGGCGACUCCGGGAUGCUGACCUUCUAGGCAGAGUUGCAAAGAAAAAGCCAUAUCUCAGACUGGCCAAUAAAAAGAAAAGAUUAAGAUGGGCAAAAGAACACAGACACUGGACAGAGGAAGAUUGGAAAAAAGUGUUAUGGACAGACAAAUCGAAGUUUGAGGUGUUCGGAUCACAAAGAAUAACAUUUGUGAGACACAGACCAAAUGAAAAGAUGCUGGAGGAGUGCUUGAUGCCAUCUGUCAAGCAUGGUGGAGGCAAUGUGAUGGUCUGGGGGUGCUUUGGUGGUGGUAAAGUGGGAGAUUUGUACAGGGUAAAAGGGAUCUUGAAGAAGGACGGCUAUCACUCCAUUUUGCAACGUCAUGCCAUACCCUGUGGACGGCGCUUGAUUGGAGCCAAUUUCCUCCUACAACAGGACAAUGACCCAAAGCACAGCUCCAAACUAUGCAGGGAAGAAGCAGUCAGCUGGUAUUCUGUCUAUAAUGGAGUGGCCAGCACAGUCACCGGAUCUCAAAUGGUUUGAGGACAGACAUCUGAGAUGUAACCAGACAUUUGUAGUUUCACAUUUAAACGUACUGACAAAUACAUGAAACCAGGCAGUUUGGGUGAAUUUGCUACAGAGUGCUGCUGGUAGUUACCAUCUGAUACUGUGUUGCUGGUAUGGGAGCUCUGCCUCCUCUCUGCUCCAACUCAGAUAGUUGUCUUAGAGAAUCCCAUAACAGAUCAUCUUCCUAAUUCAUGUGGUAUGAGGUUCAUGUGGUUCUGAGGUUUUCCUCCCCAUAAAACCAGCAAAAAAUCAUUAUGUACAAAAAAGAAAAAUCUAACUAUACUUAUCCUUUCUCUGAUGACCUGCACUGUGUUUAAAUAACGUUAUCUGCUCUGAAAUUAGUAUGAUGUAUGAUCACAUAAAAAAAUGUCCAUGGAAAAACAGUUAAUGCUGUCAUGCUUUUGAGUGGUGGGGGUAAAUUAAAUGUUGUUUAUGACAUACUGAUUAUUUGUCAUUACAUUAUUAGGGACCACAGUAAUAGAUGCAACAUUUUUUAUAUAAAUGUUGCAGUGGUUGUUGUUGUUGUGGUUGUGCAAUGUUUGUGCAAUGGUUUUGUUGUGCCAUUGGCCCUGACAAAUAAACAAAUUCAUUUUCCAGACCUAGCUUGGUCAAAUACAUACACUAUAUAUACAAAAGUACGUGGACACCCCUUCAAAUUAGUGGAUUCGGCUAUUUCAGCCACACCCGUUGCUGACAGGUGUAUAAAAUCGAGCACACAUUCAUGCAAUCUCCAUAGACAAUCAUUGGCAGUAGAAUGGCCUUACUGAAGAGCUCAGUGACUUUCAACAUAGCACCAUCAUAGGAUGCCACCUUUCCAACAAGUCAGUUCAUCACAUUUCUGCCCUGCUAGAGCUGCCACGGUCAACUGUAAAUGCUGCUAUUGUGAAGUGGAAACGUCGAGCAGCAACAACAGCUCAGCCACGAAGUGGUAGGCCACACAAGCUCACAGAAGGGACCGCCCAGUGCUGAAGUGUGUAGUUCGUAAAAAUAGUCUGUCCUCGGUUGCAACACUCACUACCGACUUCCAAACUGCUCAGUACAAUAACCUUUAGUCGGGAGCUUCAUGAACUGGGUUUCCAUGGCCGAGCAGCCACACACAAGCCUAAGAUCACCAUGCGCAAUGCCAAGCGUCAGCCGGAGUGGUACAAAUGCUCGCCGCCAUUGGACUCUGGAGCAGUGGAAACUCGUUCUCUGGAGUAAUGAAUCACGCUUCACCAUCUGGCAGUCCGACGGACGAAUCUGGGUUUGGCGGAUGCCAGGAGAACACUACCUGCCCAAUGCAUAGUGCUAACUGUAAAGUUUGGUGGAGGAGGAAUAAUGGUCUGGGGUUGUUUUUCAUGGUUCAGGCUGGGCCCCUUAGUUCCAGUGAAGGGAAAUCUUAAAGCUACAGCAUACAAUGACAUUCUAGACGAUUCUGUGCUUCAAACUUUAUGGCAAUCAUUUAGGGAAGGCCCUUUCCUGUUUCAGCAUGACAAUGCCCUCCGGCACAAAGCGAGGUCCAUACAGAAAUGGUUUGUCAAGAUUGGUGUGGAAGAAUUUGACUAGCCUGCACAGAUCCCUGACCUCAACCCCAUCGAACAUCUUUGGGAUGAAUUGGAACGCCGACUGCGACCCAGGCCUAAUCGCCCAACAUCAGUGCCCGACCUCACUAAUGCUCUUGUGGCUUAAUGGAAGCAAGUCCAACAUCUAGUGGAAAGCCUUCUCAGAAGAGUGGAGGCUGUUAUAGCAGCAAAGGGGGGGACCAACUCCAUAUUAAUGCCCAUGAUUUUGGAAUGAGAUGUUCGACGAGCAGGUGUCCACAUACUUUAGGUCAUGUAGUGUAUCUCAGAUACUUUCCAAUACAUGAGCGGAGAUGCAUUUAGUCUGCCCGGUACAGUGAAACCAAUGUAAUAAUCCGAAAAAUGCCCAAAACAGCAAGCUAAAUCUAAAUCAAGAACACCUCAAGUACUUUCACGUAUUUGAGAUUCAUAAUGUACUGCGUAUUUGAGAUUCAUAAUGUACUGCAUAUUUGAGAUUCAUAAUGUACUGUGUAUUUGAGAUUCAUAAUGUACUGCGUAUUUGAGAUUCAUAAUCUACUGUGUAUUUGAAAGUAUUUUACAUAUAUAUUUGACCCAGGUAUGGUAUUUUCUUCCCACCCUUCGACAGCUCACGAAUGAGAACAUUGUUUAAGCUUUUGGAUGUAUUAAUAAUCUGGGUCCCAAAUGGCACCCUAUUGCCUAUAGUGUACUACUGUUGACCAGAGACCUAUAGUGUACUACUGUUGACCAGAGACAUAUAGUGCCCUACUGUUGACCAGAGACCUAUAGUGCCCUACUGUUGACCAGAGACCUAUAGUGCCCUACUGUUGACCAGAGACAUAUAGUGUACUACUGUUGACCAGAGACAUAUAGUGUACUACUGUUGACCAGAGACAUAUAGUGCCCUACUGUUGACCAGAGACAUAUAGUGCCCUACUGUUGACCAGAGACAUAUAGUGUACUACUGUUGACCAGAGACAUAUAGUGUACUACUGUUGACCAGAGACAUAUAGUGCCCUACUGUUGACCAGAGACCUAUAGUGCCCUACUGUUGACCAGAGACCUAUAGUGCCCUACUGUUGACCAGAGACAUAUAGUGCCCUACUGUUGACCAGAGACAUAUAGUGCCCUACUGUUGACCAGAGACAUAUAGUGUACUACUGUUGACCAGAGACCAUGUGCCCUACUGUUGACCAGAGACAUAUAGUGUACUACUGUUGACCAGAGACCAUGUGCCCUACUGUUGACCAGAGACAUAUAGUGCCCUACUGUUGACCAGAGACAUAUAGUGUACUACUGUUGACCAGAGACAUAUAGUGUACUACUGUUGACCAGAGACAUAUAGUGCCCUACUGUUGACCAGAGACCUAUAGUGCCCUACUGUUGACCAGAGACAUAUAGUGCCCUACUGUUGACCAGAGACAUAUAGUGCCCUACUGUUGACCAGAGACAUAUAGUGUACUACUGUUGACCAGAGACCAUGUGCCCUACUGUUGACCAGAGACAUAUAGUGUACUACUGUUGACCAGAGACAUAUAGUGCCCUACUGUUGACCAGAGACCAUGUGCCCUACUGUUGACCAGAGACAUAUAGUGCCCUACUGUUGACCAGAGACAUAUAGUGCCCUACUGUUGACCAGAGACCAUGUGCCCAGACAGAGACCAUGUGCCCAGACAGAGACCAUGUGCCCAGACAGAGACACUGUGCCCAGACAGAGACCAUGUGCCCAGACAGAGACCAUGUGCCCAGACAGAGACCAUGUGCCCAGACAGAGACCCUUCUCUGAACAGGUUUUCCUCUCUUCCUCACUCAGUGGCAGAAGAGAAGAAACAGGACGGAGAGAUGGAGAAUGAUUUGAGUGACACAGAGGACGUGUCAGACAUGACGGACUCUCAGAAGACCAAUAAGCUGUCAGAGAUCUACUCCACCACCAUCCCCAGUGUGGACUCUGCCAUGGAGUCCUGGGACGGAUCCGGCAUCGACGCCGGCUACGGCAGCCAAGGUAAAGACUAGUGGUAGACAUGGUGAAACCAGUGGUAGGGUUGUGGUUAGGGUUAGUGAUAGGCCUAUACUUGGUGUAACAACAUAUAACAUCCCCAGUGUCCUGGGACGUCUCCAGCGUCAAUGCUUGCUACGACAUCCAAGGUUAGACCCCACAGGGCAGCACAGACUCUAUGGUGAUAUACAUUUACAUUUACAUUUUAGUCAUUUAGCAGACGCUCUUAUCCAGAGCGACUUACAGUUAGUGAAUGCAUACAUUUUCAUACUGUUUCAUAUAGUUGGUAUAUCUAUGGUGAUAUAGUUGAUAUAUCUAUGGUGCUAUAGUUGACAUAUCUAUGGUGAUAUAGUUGAUAUAUCUAUGGUGAUAUAGUUGAUAUAUCUAUGGUGAUAUAGUUGAUAUAUCUAUGGUGAUAUAGUUGAUAUAUCUAUGGUGAUAUAGUUGGUAUAUCUAUGGUGAUAUAGUUGAUAUAUCUAUGGUGAUAUAGUUGAUAUAUCUAUGGUGAUAUAGUUGAUAUAUCUAUGGUGAUAUAGUUGAUAUAUCUAUGGUGAUAUAGUUGAUAUAUCUAUGGUGAUAUAGUUGAUAUAUCUAUGGUGAUAUAGUUGAUAUAUCUAUGGUGCUAUAGUUGACAUAUCUAUGGUGAUAUAGUUGAUAUAUCUAUGGUGAUAUAGUUGAUAUAUCUAUGGUGCUAUAGUUGACAUAUCUAUGGUGAUAUAGUUGAUAUAUCUAUGGUGAUAUAGUUGAUAUAUCUAUGGUGAUAUAGUUGAUAUAUCUAUGGUGAUAUAGUUGAUAUAUCUAUGGUGAUAUAGUUGAUAUAUCUAUGGUGAUAUAGUUUAUGUAUCUAUGGUGAUAUAGUUUAUGUAUCUAUGGUGAUAUAGUUUAUGUAUCUAUGGUGAUAUAGUUGAUAUAUCUAUGGUGAUAUAGUUGAUAUAUCUAUGGUGAUAUAGUUUAUGUAUCUAUGGUGAUAUAGUUGAUAUAUCUAUGGUGAUAUAGUUGAUAUAUCGAUGGUGAUAUAGUUGAUAUAUCUAUGGUGAUAUAGUUGAUAUAUCUAUGGUGAGAUAGUUGAUAUAUCUAUGGUGAUAUACAGUGCCCUCCACAGUUAUUGGCACCCCUGUUUAAGAUUUGGUCGAGGACUUCCAAAAAUGCUCAUUUUUAUUUAAACAACAUAGAACCCAAAUGCAAAAAAAGAGAAAAAUCCAACCUUUUAUUUAAGUACAUUACUUUGGUGUAAAAAAAAAAAAAUCACACAUUUAGAAAAAAAACAACUUGAAAUCAUGUGUCCCACAAUUAUUGGCACCCCUGAUGUUAAUACUUUGUACAACCCCCUUUUGCCAACAAGACAGCACUUAAUCUCCUCCUAUAACAUUUCACAAGAUUGGAGAACACAGAGAGAGGGAUCUUUGACCAUUCUUCUUUGCACAAUCUUUCUAGAUCAUCCAGUGUCCUGGGUCCUGUCUUAUGCACUCUCCUCUUUAGCUCGCCCCACAGGUUUUCGAUUGGGUUGAGGUCUGGGGAUUGAGAUGGCCAUGGGAGGACCUUGAGUUUGUGACUGCUGAACCAUUUUUGUGUAGAUUUUGCCACAUGUUUUGGAUCAUUAUCCUGCUGAAAGACCCAAUGACGACCCAUCUUCAGCUUUCUGGCAGAGGCCAUCAGGUUUUUAUUUAAAAUGUCCUGGUAGUUCAAAGCAUUCAUAAUGCCAUGCACCCUAACAAGGUUCCCAGGGCCUUUGGAAGAGAAACAGGCCCACAGCAUCACAGAUCCUCCACCAUACUUCACGGUGGGCAUGAGGUGCUUUUCGGCAUACUCAUCUUUUGUUUUACGCCAGACCCACUUAGAGUGUUUGUUGCCAAAAAGCUCAAUCUUAGUCUCAUCUGACCAAAGCACACGAUCCCAGUUGAAGUCCCAGUGCCGCUUAGCAAACUCCAGACGUUUACGUUUGUGAGUGUUAGUGAGAAAAGGCUUUUUCCUUGCAUGCCUCCCAAACAGCUUGUUGGCAUGUAGAGAGCGUCUGAUGGUUGUUUUGGAGACUUUGUGACCCCAAGAUGCCAUUCUUUGAUGCAAUUCUGUGACAGUGAGCUUAGGACUUUUUUUUACUUCUCUUACCAUCCUCCUCACUGUGCGUUGUGGCAAGAUAAACUUGGGACCUCUUCCAGCCUUGUUUGUCACUGUUCCAGUUGUUUUAAACUUCUUAAUGAUUCCUCUGACUGUAGAUACGGGCAAGUUAAGGCGAGUGGCUAUUUUCUUGUAGCCAUUGCCUGACUUAUGAAGGUCGACACAAAUCUGCCUUACUUGAAUGGUGUGUUCUCUUGUCUUUGCCAUGUUGACAAAUGGGUAAGAGAAUUAGGCCUCUGUGUCACGUCAUAUUUAUACCCCAGGGAAACAGGAAGUCAUGAAUUACUAAUUAAAAGUUCCUAGAUACCCUGACCAACUUUAGCAACUACAGAAAAAUAUAUUUUUUAAAAAUUCAAUUAAAAUUUUCAGCGGAAUUGUUAGGGGUGCCAAUAAUUGUGGGACACAUGAUUUCAAAUUUUUUUUUUUCUAAAUGUGUGAUUUUUUUUUUUACCACCAAAGUAAUGUACUUAAAUAAAAGGUUGGAUUUUUCUCUUUUUUUGCAUUUGGGUUCUAUGUUGUUUUUAAAAAAAAUGAGAAUUUUUGGAAGUCCUCGACCACAUCUUAAACAGGGGUGCCAAUAAUAGUGGAGGGCACUGUAGUUUAUGUAUCUAUGGUGAUAUAGUUUAUGUAUCUAUGGUGAUAUAGUUUAUGUAUCUAUGGUGAUAUAGUUUAUGUAUCUAUGGUGAUAUAGUUGAUAUAUCUAUGGUGAUAUAGUUGAUAAAUCUAUGGUGAUAUAGUUUAUGUAUCCUUAUCCAAGUCUUUGUCAUGGUCCUUCCAGCCCAAUUGGUUUGUACACAGGUGAUCCUAUUGGGUCUGUCAAUUCCAAAUGGUCCUUUUUAUUCCACCUGACCUCCUUUGCUUCCCACUGCAGGGCCCUACAACCACCAGGCAGCAGGCAUCGCCCUGCACCCCCAUGAGUGGCGGAGUGCCAAGCAGAGGAACAGCCCCCCAGCCCCGGCCAGACGUAAUAAGAUCCACCCCUUUAGUGAUGGCGGCUUCAGUGAAGAUGACUGGGACAAACCGUCAGGGUAAGACUCACUGUGGAGACCCCCUUUGCACGGUGUACAUUUUAGGACACCCAUCAGCCUCAAGCCAAACAUCUCACCCCUGCUUGUAUACUGUCUCCCUAUGGACACUGUAGGUGCUAUGUGCUGUACAUCUCAUGUAAGCUUUCAGAGUAACACUCAGUGAGGAGAGAGGCCCCAUAUAAGAGCCAGGGCUUUUUGCUACUAGGGUUGAAAAAUGGUAGUGCCUUUCCCCAAAAUGCCCCGGUUUUCCAGAAAUCCUGGUUCGAAUAUUCCUGGAAUCAGGAGGAAAAUCUGGAAAAAAAAUCUGGAAUAUUCCAACCAGGAUAUCAACAAAAAAAAAACUCUGAAUUCUAGUAAAAUUGCCGGAAGUUUGCAGGUUGAAACAAUGGCAGGUACUUGAACAGUUGCAACAAUGGUAGGCACCAUAACAUUAUCCGGUCUUUGUAGGUUGCUACAAUGGGAGCCUCAUGGUCGUACCAGAUCUUUGCAGGUUGCAACAAUGGGAAAUCCAAUGACAGUAUCUGGUAUUUGCAGGUUGCAGAAAUGAAGUGUUCUUCGAUGAUUUAUAGACAGGGUUUGUCUAGCUAGUCCACAGAGUCCUGUGCAACCCUCCUGACAGCAAAGCUGGGUUCACAGCCUUUAAACUCUAAUGAAGGCAGCUUGCUGUCCAAAUGUUGGUAUUUAUGAAAUGUAGUGCUAUUGCUUCUGAGCAAUGACAGUGUAGAGCUUUUCUUUUCUUUUUGAUGGGUUCACACAGGAAUGGGUUCGCACAGCGAUUGGUUCACACAGUAAUGGGUUCGCACAGCGAUUGGUUCACACAGUAAUGGGUUCACACAGCGAUUGGUUCACACAGUAAUGGGUUCACACAGCGAUUGGUUCACACAGUAAUGGGUUCACACAGCGAUUGGUUCACACAGUAAUGGGUUCACACAGCGAUUGGUUAACACAGUAAUGGGUUCGCACAGCGAUUGGUUCACACAGUAAUGGGUUCACACAGCGAUUGGUUCACACAGUAAUGGGUUCACAGAGCGAUUGGUUCACACAGAAAUGGGUUCACAGAGCAACAAAAGGGCAUGUCUGUUUUUUGCCUCUAGCUGUGUGACCCUGAGAGCCGCUUGUGAUGUCACCAUCACUAAACAUCUGAGUGAUUCAUGAGUGUCAUGAACUGUAACGGUGGUCCUCUGUAGCUCAGCUGGUAGAGCACGGCGCUUGUAACGCCAGGGUAGUGGGUUCCAUCCCCGGGACCACCCAUACGUAAAAAUGUACGCACACAUGACUGUAAGGCGCUUUGGAUAAAAGCGUCUGCUAAAUGGCAUAUUAUUAUUAUUAUUAUUAUUAUUAUUAUUAUUAUUAUUAUUAUUAUUAUUGCCAGCCAGGGCUCUUUAACUGUCCCACAUGAUGCCAGCUGAUUCAGUGUUACGUUACACAGAAUGUCAUAAUCCACAUAUGAUCACUGAGCGAUGGGGGCUUCAACGAAGAUGACUGUGACGCACCUUCAGGGAAAAAUCACUGAGGCCCCUUAACAGGACCAGGGAUUUGCAGGUUUCAUUAAAUGAACUACAAAGACUCAUGAAGUCAGAACUACGUUGACCAGGUGUUUGAUGUUAGUCCUGUGUAACCCUUAUGAUAUCGAACCCACCUAAAGCUGGAUUCACAGAUCGAGCUGAAAAAAAAACAAGUAUUGUAAUUGUUUCCAAACAGCUAAAUAAUGGGGGUGAGGCCUGCCCAGCGGUGAAAGUAGAUGUAAUUUCUUACCAGUGCAGGACACCCAAGUGUAUGCAGACAUUUUUGUUUUUAUAGCAUAGGGGGGGGGGGGGGGAAUCAUAGAAUGAUGAUUCCCGAGUGGCGCAGUGGUCUAAGGCACUGCGUCACAGUGCUAGCUGUGUCACUAGAGAUCCUGGUUUGAGUCCAGGCUCUGUCGCAGCCGGCCGCGACCGGGAGACCCAUGGGGCGGCGCACAAUUGGCCCAGCGUCGUCCAAGGUAGGGGAGGGUUUGGCCGGCAGGGACGUGGGUUCGUUUCCCACGGGGGGCCAGUAUGAAAAUGUAUGCAUUCACUAACUGUAAGUCGCUCUGGAUAAGAGCGUCUGCUAAAUGACUAAAAUGUCAAAUGUAAAUGUGAUUACAUAUAGAAUCCCUAUUAAUGUCAUGUCUGUGGACCUAGUAGCCUAAGUCUAGUAAAGAUUUGUCCUAUCAAUUUUAACAUGCAAUACCUGCUUAACAGAGGCGGCACAAAACAAAAAGCUAACUUUCACCAUAAACAUGCACCUUUAUAAUAAAGCAUUCGAUGCAGACUCACAGUGCCUUCGGAAAGUAUUCAGACACCUUGACCUUUUCCACUUACAUUUUAGUCAUUUAGCAGACACUCUUAUCCAGAGCGACUUACAGUUAGUGAACACAUUUUAUUUUAUUUUAUUUUUUUAUACUGGCCCCCCGUGCAAAUCGAACCCACAACCCUGGUGUUGCAAACACCAUGCUCUAUCAACUGAGCUACAUCCCUGCCGGCCAUUCCCUCCCCUACCCUGGACGACGCUGGGCCAAUUGUGCGCCGGCCCCAUGGGUCUCCCGGUCGCGGCUGGCUGCGACAGAGCCUGGAUUCGAACCAGGAUCUCUAGUGGCACAGUUUGCACUGCGAUGCAGUGCCUUAGACCACUGCGCCACUCAGGACUCACAUUACAACCUUUAAUCUAAAAUGGAUUAAAUGAAUAAACAAUGCUCAGCAAUCUGCACACAUUACUCCAUAAUGACAAAGUGAAAACAGGUUUUUAGAAAGUUUAGCAAGUGUAUUACAAAUAAAAAACGGAAAUACCUUAUUUACAUAAGUAUUCAGCCCCUUUGCUACGAGACUCGAAAUUGAGCUCAGGUGCAUCCUGUUUCCAUUGGUCAUCCUUGAGAUGUUUCUACAACUUGAUGAGGAGUCCACCUGUGGUAAAUUCAAUUGAUUGGACAUGGUUUGGAAAGGCACACACCUGUCUAUAUAAGGUCCCACAGUUGACAGUGCAUGUCAGAGCAAAAACCAAGCCAUGAGGUCGAAGGAAUUGUCCGUAGAGCUGCGAGACAGGGUUUUGUCGAGGCACAGAUCUGGGGAAGGGUACCAAAAAAUUUCUGCAGCAUUGAAGGUCCCCAAGAACACAGUGGCCUCCAUUAUUCUCAAAUACUUAUUUCCCUCAUUAAAAUGCAAAUCAAUUUAUAACAUUUUUGACAUGCGUUUUUCUGGAUUUUUUUGUUGUUAUUCUGUCUCUCACUGUUCAAAUAAACCUACCAUUAAAAUUAUAGACUGAUCAUUUCUUUGUCAGUGGGCAAACGUACAAAAUCAGCACGGGAUCAAAUACUUUUUUCCCUCACUGUAGCCUUAAUAAUAACUCCUGCAGAAUUAAGCAUUUCUUGCUUAAAAUGAUACACCUAAUGUAGGCAACAUUUGGACUUGAGAACAGGAGUGGAGAAUUAUAAUGUAUUUAUUUCUUGAGAGAAUGCAAUGCUCAGUUAGAUACCAUCUGUAAAGGUGCUGUCUUCAUCAUAAAAGCUGAUAGUAUUUCAACCACAUAAAAUGUGCAUCGAAGCCGAAAUGAAAUGUUAUCAGAAACACUUUGGGUCAUUUUCACAGCUUUAUUUUUCCUUACAACCGGUCAAACUGAUGUCAUUUGGACAUUUUGCACAGAAAAUCUUUCCAGUUUUUUAUUUUUUUUAGUUAUUGUAUUUUCUACCCCAGUCCCUAAGCGUCUUUGCUCUGCGAAAGGUGACAGAGAAAACUUUACCGAUGUCAACUAGAUCUAUUACAUUAUUCUGGUGAUUUACAUUUACGUCAUUUAGCAGACGCUCUUAUCCAGAGCGACUUACAGUUAGGGAGUGCAUACAUUUUCAUACUGGCCCCCCGUGGGAAUCGAACCCACAACCCUGGCGUUGCAAACGCCAUGCUCUACCAACUGAGCUACACGGGACUAUCAACUACACUGGUGAUCAAGGGUUUAUUUAAUUCUCCUAGGGCAACAUAUAAUGACAGAAGAGAAGCUGCAUGUAUCUAAUUAUAGACAAGUUGACUAACAAAUAGCCUACCAAAAUGUCGGAAAUUAUAAGCAGAAACACAUUCUAAAUCAGGAAGAAAAUAAAUCCUGCGCCCCCUGUCAAAACAUCGUUCCGCCGUCUUUGAACUGUAGCCUAUAGCGCAUUUUCUAUAUUUAGUGCGGGCCUCAGAUUUUCCAUUUAUCACGUAUAGUCGAGGGGUUGCGGAUGGGUUAUUAGCAAUUGGGGGCGGGGGCGGGUGCAGGAGAAACAAACAGCUGACCCGCAUACCACUAUACACACUAAAAAGAAAAGGUUCCUGGAGUGUCCUUUAGGGGUUCUUCAAAUUGAAACUGUGGAGGAACCCCUAUAAGUUCUUUGAAGAACCCCUUUUAAUUGAUCCUCGAAAAAUCUUUUGAAGAACCUUUUGGGGUUCAUUUUUGAACUACCCUUCCUCCCCUGUAAUUAUUAUUAUUAAUAAUAAUAAUAAUAAUAAUACACAUGACAAUAACACAAUAUUUUAGUUCUAAGUAUUAAUUAUGAUUUUAAUGGCAAAGCAGAAUAAAAAAAUCCACAUAUGAGGUAAACACCCAGCGGAGCCCCAAGUCCAGCGGGUAUAUCCUCUGGCGUGUUGAUGUUAAUGUGUUGAUGUUCUCUGUAUCCAUCGUUUUUGCAGUGCAUGGUGAUCGAACAGGUGUAGGGAGGGUGAAGUCUGUGAAUCCAAAAAAUAGUAAUUAUACAUGCACACAACAGUACUCAUACCUUGGUUGUUGUGGUGAAUGCGAAUGAAAAAAAAACUGUUUUGAUAAUGGUUUUCAUACACAUACCAUGUCCAUAAUGUAGAGGCCUAUGGGAUAUUAAUUGACGAGGUAAGGAAGGAGGAUGGUAAAUGUGAUCUGCAUGACAUACCAAUACCAAUUGACAUACCUUUGUAUGCCUCCUCGUCUGUAUACCUGCAGACACAGACACAAAAGUGAGCAGUUCAGUCAUCUGUACCCAAUACAGCUAGCCUUCAACAUAUUCUUAUAGCAUACAUAUUCUUACCUCUGUUGAUUGAUAUCCAUUGAAUUGUGUCCAUUUUCUGUUUUAGAAAGAUUUGCACAUACAUGAAAAGAUAGAUGGUAUCAUCAUAAAACAAUAUCAAUUUAGAUCAUACAAGGGAUCAAUACCUUACCUUAAAUUGAGGAGAUCUUUAUUUUUCAGUUAAGUGUCUGCACCUGCUGUCCUUUCAAAUUCAAUUCAAAUGUUUCAGUUGGGCAGUUAGGUUCCUGCAAGAACCCCCCACCAACUAAGGAGGUUCCUCGAUGAACCCCGCCUCCUAUGUGGUUCUUGGAAGAACCUUUUUGGGGGGCCAUUUCAUUGCCAAGAACCCUAAGGUUCUUCAAAUAACUUUUGAGGAUCUUAGAAGAACCCUUGUUGAAUCCCACAUUUUUUAGAGUGUAGUUUACCCGCGCACAUACGUCCACAAAUCAUUCCAGCAUCCAAACCCCAACAGUGCACUGUGCAGCCGCAAUUAAAUGAAUGGAAAUGAAUGAAUCUGAUACUAAUAGCUCUGUGUGAUAGUAAUGGCAUUCUGCGAUUGUCAUUAGGGCCUACACUUGUAGCCUGAAUUGAUGCAUCCACUGUUGUCUGCACACUCGCCUCGGUCUCGGCCAUUCGUCUCCACCUUGACAAAAUGUAAGUGCUCUGUUCGAACUGCAACGCAAUUUGGAGCGUAUACCAUCCGGUUUACAGUCAAUUCGCAAGAUUUUCCAUGGGGCUGACAUGCAGUAAUGUUAAAUAAUGGUGUAAUAGGCUGUCGUUUUUUUGGGGGGGUCAUGUUGAAUUAGUUAUGAUAGGCUCACGUUUUACUGGUACUGUGUACCCCCAUUAUUUUUAUUUUGCUGGGAUGCCGUACCGGACCGUACCACCUUACUUUCACCCCUGGGUUUGCAUGAGAUAGUUUUCUGCCUUUCUAGCUGUAUGUGGUGCAGUGAGUGACUCAUGUGUCAGCCUCCCCUUAGCACUUCCUCUAAGGCUCUGGCCCCAUAUCUACUCUAGCAUACUACUUCGAAUGUGUUGCAAUCUGCAAUUUGUUGGCAUGCAUUCUAAGUAAGUAGUAUUUGAGUAGUAUGUAAGUAGUAGGUUAGUAGUAGGUGUGUAGUAUGUUAGUUAGUUAGUUAGUAGUAUGUUAUUUAGUAGUAUGUGAGUAGUAUGUAAGUAGUAUGUGAGUAGUGGUAUUGUAGUAGUAUGUGUAGUAUAGUAUGUUGAGUAGUAUGUUAGUAGUAGGUAUGUGAGUAGUAUGUGAGUAGUAGUGUAGUGUGAGUAGUAUGUUAGUUAGUUAGUAGUAGUGGUAGUUUAGUAGGAUGUGAGUAGUAGUAGUAUAGUUAGUAUGGUAGUGUGUGAGUAGUAUGUGUAGUUAGUUGUAUGUGAGUUAGUAUGUUAGUAGUAUGUUAAAGUAGUAUGUGAGUGUUGUUAUUUAGUAUGUUAGUUAGUAGUUUGGUAGUAGUAGUAGUAUGUAGAGUUAGUUAUGUUUAGUAGAGUGUUAGUAUGUAUGUUAGUAGUAUGUUAGUAGUGUAGGUUAGUAGUAUGUUAGUUAGUAUGUUAGUUCGUUAGUAGUAUGUUAGUUAGUUGUAUGUGAGUUGUAGGUUAGUAGUCUGUUAAUAGUAUUGGAGUAGUAUGUUAUUAGUAUGUUAGUUAGUAGUCUGUGUAGUAUGUUAGUAGUAUGUUAGUAGGAGGUUAGUAGUAUGUUAGUAGUAUGUUAGUGGUAGGUUAUUAGUAUGUUAGUAGUAUGUUAGUUAGUUAGUUAGUUAGUUAGUAAUAUGUGAGUAGUAGGUUAGUAGUAUGUUAAUAGUAUGGGAGUAGUAUGUUAAUAGUACGUUAGUUGUAGGUUAGUUAGUAGUAUUGAGUACUAUGCAAGUAGUAUGUUAGUUAGUAGUAUGUGAGUAAUAGGUUAGUAGUAUGUUAAUAGUAUGUGAGUAGUGUGUGAGUAGUAUGCUAGUAGUAGGUUAGUAUGUGAGUACUAUGUUAGUAGUAUGUUAGUUAGUAGUAGGUUAGUAUGUGAGUAGUAUGUGAGUAGUAUGUGAGUUGUGGGUUAGUAUUAUACUAGUGGUAUGUUAGUAGCAUGUGAGUAGUAUGUGAGUAGUAUGUGAGUAGUAUGUGAGUAGGAUGUGAGUAGGAUGUGAGUGGUAUGUUAGUUAGUUAGUUAGUAGUAUGUUAGUUAGUAGUAUGUGAGUAGUAUGUUAAUAGUAUGUUAGUUGUAUGUUAGUAGUAGUGAGUACUAUGCGAGUAGUAUGUUAGUUAGUAGUAUGUGAGUAGUUUGUGAGUUGGAUGUUAGUUAGUAGUAUGUCAGUAGUAGGUUAGUAGUAUGUUAAUAUUAUGUGAGUAGUAGGUUAGUAUGUGAGUAGUAUGUUAGUUAGUAGUAUGUGAGUAGUAUGUAAGUAGGAUGUGAGUGGUAUGUUAGUUACAGUGAGGGAAAAAUGUAUUUGAUCCCCUGCUGAUUUUGUACGUUUGCCCACUGACAAAGACAUGAUCAGUCUAUAAUUUUAAUGGUAGGUUUAUUUGAACAGUGAGAGACAGAAUAACAACAACAAAAUCCAGAAAAAUGCAUGUCAAAAAUGUUAUUAAUUGAUUUGCAUUUUAAUGAGGGAAAUAAGUAUUUGACCCCCUCUCAAUCAGAAAGAUUUCUGGCUCCCAGGUGUCUUUUAUACAGGUAACGAGCUGAGAUUAGGAGCACACUCUUAAAGGGAGUGCUCCUAAUCUCAGUUUGUUACCUGUAUAAAAGACACCUGUCCACAGAAGCAAUCAAUCAACCAGAUUCCAAACUCUCCACCAUGGCCAAGACCAAAGAGCUCUCCAAGGAUGUCAGGGACAAGAUUGUAGACCUACACAAGGCUGGAAUGGGCUACAAGACCAUCGCCAAGCAGCUUGGUGAGAAGGUGACAACAGUUGGUGCGAUUAUUCGCAAAUGGAUGAAACACAAAAUAACUGUCAAUCUCCCUCGGCCUGGGGCUCCAUGCAAGAUCUCACCUCGUGGAGUUGCAAUGAUCAUGAGAAUGGUGAGGAAUCAGCCCAGAACUACACGGGAGGAUCUUGUCAAUGAUCUCAAGGCAGCUGGGAGCGUAGUCACCAAGGAAACAAUUGGUAACACACUACACCGUGAAGGACUGAAAUCCUGCAGCGCCCGCAAGGUCUCCCUGCUCAAGAAAGCACGUAUACAGGCCCGUCUGAAGUUUGCCAAUGAACAUCUGAAUGAUUCAGAGGAGAACUGGGUGAAAGUGUUGUGGUCAGAUGAGACCAAAAUGGAGCUCUUUGGCAUCAACUCAACUCGCCGUGUUUGGAGGAGGAGGAAUGCUGCCUAUGACCCCAAGAACACCAUCCCCACCGUCAAACAUGGAGGUGGAAACAUUAUGCUUCAAAGGGACGAUGGACGGGGCCAUGUACCGUCAAAUCUUGGGUGAGAACCUCCUUCCCUCAGCCAGGGCAUUGCAAAUGGGUCGUGGAUGGGUAUUCCAGCAUGACAAUGACCCAAAACACAUGGCCAAGGCAACAAAGGAGUGGCUCAAGAAGAAGCAUAUUAAGGUCCUGGAGUGGCCUAGCCAGUCUCCAGACCUUAAUCCCAUAGAAAAUCUGUGGAGGGAGCUGAAGCUUCGAGUUGCCAAACGUCAGCCUCGAAACCUUAAUGACAUGGAGAAAAUCUGCAAAGAGGAGUGGGACAAAAUCCCUCCUGAGAUGUGUGCAAACCUGGUGGCCAACUACAAAAAACGUCUGACCUCUGUGAUUGCCAACAAGGGUUUUGCCACCAAGUACUAAGUCAUGUCUUGCAGAGGGGUCAAAUACUUAUUUCCCUCAUUAAAAUGCAAAUCAAUUUAUAACAUUUUUGACAUGCGUUUUUCUGUAUUUUUUGUUGUUAUUCUGUCUCUCACUGUUAAAUUAAACCUACCAUUAAAAUUAUAGACUGAUCAUGUCUUUGUCAGUGGGCAAACAUACAAAAUCAGCAGGGGAUCAAAUACUUUUUUCCCUCACUGUAGGUAGUAGUAUAUUAGUUAGUCGUAUGUGAGUUGUAGGUUAGUAGUCUGUUAAUGGUAUUGGAGUAGUAUGUUAAUAGUAUGUGAGUAGUAUGUGAUUAGUAUGUUAGUAGUAUGUGAGUAGUAUGUGAGUAGUAUGUUAGUAAGUAGUAUGUGAGUAGUAUGUUAGUAAUAUGUGAGUAGUAUGUUAGUAGUAUGUGAGUAGUAUACUAGUGGUAUGUUAGUAGCAUGUGAGUAGUAUUUUAAUGGUAUGUGAGUAGUAUGUUAGUAGUAUGUAAGUAGUACAGUAUAUCAACUGUAUGUUAGUAGUAGGUUAGUAGUAUGUUAGUAGUAUGUGAGUAGUAGGUUUGUAGUAGGUUAGUACUAUGCGAGUAGUGUGUUAGUAGUAUGUGAGUAGUAGGUUAUUAGUAUGUUAGUAUGUGUGUAGAAUGUGAAUAGUAGGUUAGUAGUAUGCUAGUGGUAUGUUAGUAGCAUGUGGAUAGUAUGUGAGUAGUAUGUUAGUUAGUUAGUAGUACUUUAGUUAGUAGUAUGUGAGUAUUAUGUGAGUAGUAUGUUAGUUAGUAGUAAGUGAGUAGUAGGUUAGUAGUAUAUUAAUAGUAUGGGAUUAGUAUGUUAGUUAGUAGUAUGUUAAUAUAUGUGAGUAGUAUGUUAGUUAGUCCCCUGUAGCUCAGUUGGUAGAGCAUGGCGCUUGCAACGCCAGGGUUGUGUGUUCGUUUCCCACGGGGGGCCAGUAUGAAAAUGUAUGCACUCACUAACUGUAAGUCGCUCUGGAUAAGAGCGUCUGCUAAAUGACUAAAAUGUAAAUGUUAGUAGAAUGUUAGUUAGUAGUAUGUGAGUAGUAUGUUAAUAGUAUGUUAAUAGUAUGUAAGUAGUAUGUGAGUAGUAUGUGAGUAGUAUGUUAAUAGUAUGUGAGUAGUAUGUGAGUAGUAUGUUAGUAGUAUGUUAGUAGUAUGUUAAUAGUAUGUACGUGUUAUGUGAGUAGUGUGUGAGUAGUAUGUUAGUAGUAUGUGAGUAGUAUGUUAGUAGUAUGUGAGUAGUAUGUUAGUAGUAUGUGAGUGGUAUGUGAGUGGUAUGUGAGUGGUAUGUGAGUGGUAGGUUAAUAGUAUGAGAGUGGUAUGUGAGUAGUAUGUGAGUAGUAUGUUAGUAGUAUGUUAGAACGGAUAUUGGAACAUAACCAGAAUUCUGGAGAAACUCUGUAGAUCCACCAGAAUCUAGGUUUGGUAGGGGAUGUCCCCACCUACUCAUAUCCAGCCCCUGCAACUGACUAACGCUCUUUAACUGUUUCAACUACCACACAUGAUUCCUCUGUAGCAGCUUUACACAACAUGGAGAGAUUUACCAGGUUAUAGGUUGAUGUUCCCACCUUGGGUUGCAAAAUUCCAGUAACUUUCCCAAAUUUCCCAGGUUUCUGCUUUUUCCCCUUCUGAUUCUGGGAGUCUUCCAUCCAGGAUUUCUGGAAAACCUGGGAAUUUUCUGAAUAAGACCAGAAUUUGACAACCCUAUUCCCACCUAUACUACACUGCUUCUCCAGUGCCUGGGCCUGUAACUGCCAGCUAGCACUCUUUAACUGCUCUUAUUGAAUGCCUCAACUGUCACUCGUUAUGUAUCUGAUGCAGUGUUACAUAACAUGGAGAGGCUAUAGAUUUACCAGAGUAUGGUUGAUGUUUCCACCACAGGCGGCCGGGCUCAUAGUAAGCGCUGGAACAGAAUAAAUGGAAAAGGUAUCGAACACAUCAAACACCUGGUUUCCAUGGGUUUGAUACGAUUCCAUUCACUCCAUUCCAGCCAUUAUUAUGAGCCGUCCUCCCCUCAGCAGCCUCCUGUGGUUCCCACCUAAACUUCCCCAUCCUGCUUCUCCAGUGCCUGGACCUGGAACUGCCAGUUAGCACUCUUUAACUGCUCUUCAACUGUCACACAUGAUGCCUGUGAUUCAGUCAGUGUUAUAUAACAUUAUAUAACCCUCAUGUCACAGAUUCACUUUAGUCAUCCCACACAUUUUGAUCUGUAUUCAUCAUUGUGUUCCCUUUUCCUCCAUUCAUGCCUCAAUUUACUGUUAUCAGUACCAUCAACUUUCAGCUAAUAUUACGACGGCUGCUACUUUAGCUGCUACAUGACCUUUAACGGUAACGAUGAGCUAAUCCUAACGAUGAGCUAACGGUAAUGAUGAGCUAAUCCUAACGAUGAGCUAAUGGUAACGAUGAGCUAAUCCUAACGAUGAGCUAAUGGUAACGAUGAGCUAAUGGUAACGAUGAGUCAAUGGUAGUGAUGAGCUAAUGGUAACGAUGAGCUAAUGGUAACGAUGAGCUAAUGGUAACGAUGAGCUAAUGGUAACGAUGGGCUAAUGGUAACAAUGAGCUAAUGGUAACGAUGAGCUAAUGGUAACGAUGAGCUAAUCCUAACGAUGAGCUAAUGGUAACGAUGAGCUAAUGGUAACAAUUAGUUAAUGGUAGUGAUGAGCUAAUGGUAAUGAUGAGCUAAUCCUAACGAUGAGAUAAUGGUAACGAUGAGCUAAUGGUAACGAUGAGUUAAUGGUAGUGAUGAGCUAAUGGUAACGAUGAGCUAAUGGUAACGAUGAGCUAAUGGUAACAAUGGGCUAAUGGUAACGAUUAGCUAAUGGUAACGAUGAGCUAAUGGUAACGAUGAGCUAAUGGUAACGAUGAGCUAAUGGUAGUGAUGAGCUAAUCCUAACGAUGAGCUAAUGGUAACGAUGAGCUAAUGGUAACGAUGAGUUAACGGUAGUGAUGAGCUAAUGGUAGCGAUGAGUUAAUCCUAACGAUGAGCUAAUGGUAACGAUGAGCUAAUCCUAACGAUGAGCUAAUGGUAACGAUGAGCUAAUGGUAAUGAUGAGUUAAUGGUAGUGAUGAGCUAAUGGUAACGAUGAGCUAAUGGCAACGAUGAAUGGUAAUCAUGAGCUAAUGGUAACGAUGAAUGGUAAUGAUGAGCUAAAUGUAACGAUGAAUGGUAAUUAUGAGCUAAUGGUAACAAUGAGCUAAUGUUAGUACUGAGCUAAUGGUAACAAUAAGCUAAUGGUAACAAUGAGCUAAUGGUAACGAUUAGCUAAUGGUAACGAUGAGCUAAUGGCAACGAUGAAUGGUAAUCAUGAGCUAAUGGUAACGAUGAAUGGUAAUGAUGAGCUAAAUGUAACGAUGAAUGGUAAUUAUGAGCUAAUGGUAAUGAUGAAUGUAAUGAUGAGCUAAUGGUAAUGAUGAGCUAAUGGUAACGAUUAGCUAAUGGUAACGAUGAGCUAAUGGCAACGAUGAAUGGUAAUCAUGAGCUAAUGGUAACGAUGAAUGGUAAUGAUGAGCUAAAUGUAACGAUGAAUGGUAAUUAUGAGCUAAUGGUAAUGAUGAAUGGUAACGAUGAGCUAAUGGUAACGAUUAGCUAAUUGCAACGAUGAAUGGUAAUCAUGAGCUAAUGGUAACGAUGAAUGCAAUGAUGAGCUAAAUGUAACGAUGAAUGGUAAUUAUGAGCUAAUGGUAAUGAUGAAUGGUAAUGAUGAGCUAAUGGUAACGAUGAGCUAAUGGUAAUGAUGAGCUAAUGGUAACGAUAAGCUAAUGGUAGUUAUGAGCUAAUGGUAGUGAUGAGCUAAUGGUAACAAUGAGCUAAUGUUAGUACUGAGCUAAUGGUAACGAUGAGCUAAUGGUAACGAUGAGCUAAUGUUAGUACUGAGCUAAUGGUAACAAUGAGCUAAUGGUAACAAUGAGCUAAUGGCAAUGAUGAAUGGUAAUGAUGAGCUAAUGGUAACGAUGAAUGGUAAUGAUGAGCUAAAUGUAACGAUGAAUGGUAAUUAUGAGCUAAUGGUAAUGAUGAAUGGUAAUGAUGAGCUAAUGGUAACGAUGAGCUAAUGGUAAUGAUGAGCUAAUGGUAACGAUAAGCUAAUGGUAGUUAUGAGCUAAUGGUAGUGAUGAGCUAAUGGUAACAAUGAGCUAAUGUUAGUACUGAGCUAAUGGUAACGAUGAGCUAAUGGUAACGAUGAGCUAAUGUUAGUACUGAGCUAAUGGUAACAAUGAGCUAAUGGUAACAAUGAGCUAAUGGCAAUGAUGAAUGGUAAUGAUGAGCUAAUGGUAACGAUGAAUGGUAAUGAUGAGCUAAAUGUAACGAUGAAUGGUAAUGAUGAUCUAAUGGUAACGAUGAGCUAAUGGUAACGAUGAGCUAAUGGUAACGAUGAGCUAAUGGUAAGUCUCAGGGAGGACACUCUAACCACAAAGCCACUGAGUUGGUCCUACGUCAACCAUAUAAUAUACUACUAAUAAUAAUAAUAUUAUAAUAUGCUUUAUAAUAAGCUGUGAUGCGUUAUAAUAUUAUUGUAGAACCAGGAGGAGAACCAGGAGGAGGAGCUGUUGAACUAAUGGCUCCAUUAUCCUCCAACACGUUUCAGUCCUGCGGUCUUCAAUCAAACUUACAGGACAGCCACAGCAUGGCUUCUUGUAAUAACCGGCAUCAACCCACUUAUCUGCUAACAUAUUUAUACAAUAUUUAUAUCAGCCAUUGGAAUGCAUUGAUGUGAUUCAUUAAGACAUACAAAAUAGUGAAGGGUGAAAGACUGUCCUUUAUUGAUGUUAUUAUUUUCACAUACCUCUUAGCCCUGUUUUUCCUGUCUGUACUGUCUGUCUCUUGUCUCUGUACCUCUCUCUGUCUCUCUCUCUCUCUCUCUCUCUCUCUCUCUCUGUUCACUCUCUCUCUAUCUCUCUCUCUCUCUCCCACUCUCUCUGUUCACUCUCUCUCUCCUCUCUCUGUUCACUCUCUCUCCUCUCCUCUCCUCUCCUCUCCUCUCCUCUCCUCUCCUCUCCUCUCCUCUCCUCUCCUCUCCUCUCCUCUCCUCUCCUCUCCUCUCCUCUCCUCUCCUCUCCUCUCCUCUCUUCUCCUCUCCUCUCCUCUCCUCUCCUCUCCUCUCCUCUCCUCUCAUAGCUCUGUCUCACCAGAAUAAAACAAACACCCCUCAAGUAUCAUUCUUGGGUUCAUCCACUUUUUGUAGCUGUUUGUUUUUCCCUUGACCUGCACAUGUUGUUUUGCUGUAACAUCAGCUGUUGUUGAAUGCCUGUUGUUGAGCUGUGGGCGCCAAUGACAGCUUCAUGUACUGCUAUAUGGAAAAUGUAACACAUAUUCUGAUUCUUUAUUGUGUUGCCACAGAUACACACAUAUCAUUUUUUUACUUACACACACAUUCUUUUUUAGUUGUAUUGUUUGUUUUCUUUUUUAGUUGUAUUGUUUGUUUUCUUUUUUAGUUGUAUUGUUUGUAUAUUGUUGUAUUUUAAACGUGUGUGACUGUCUGUCUAUCAGUGUAUCAGUGUUCUGUUACAUGUCAUGUUUUGUGUUUCUUGUGGACCCCAGGAAGAGUAGCUGCUGCUUCUGCUAAAUCAAAUGGGGCUCCUAAUAAACACAUACUAAACAAUACACCAGCCAGCCUCACAGUGACGGCAUCAUGGAUGUACCGCUUCAUCUAACAUGUAACAUUUAACACGUGUAGCUUCCUGUGUUCGUUGUCACAGAUACACCAGCCAGCCUCACAGUGACGGCAUCAUGGAUGUACCGCUUCAUCUAACAUGUAACAUUUAAACACGUGUAGCUUCCUGUGUUCGUUGUCACAGAUACACCAGCCAGCCUCACAGUGACGGCAUCAUGCUCGACCACGAGGACAGUUUCUGGUGUCAGGCCCUGGAAGACCUGGAGACCUGUGGACAGUCUGAGCUCCUCAGAGAGAUA